AUGUCACAGCAGAACACUUUUAAUCCGUCUAAGGUGUUUAUUUCCAUUCAAUACUGACAGUCAAAACUAAAAAGGAAUAUUGGUAAGUAAAAAUAGUGAAAAAUUGACACGGCAACGCCGAGCAGGACAGAUAGUAUUGAAUAUAUCAGAGUUAAUAAAAUAUUUUAUUUUUUAAAUAUUACUAUUUCUAAACAGACAGGGAAAAGUACCACCCCUCCGUCACAAUAAAAAUAACUAGUAAGGGGACGCUAAAAAAAAUAAUACAAAAUAGAGAAGCUCCGUCCUCCUGCUGCUGCCGUCCAUCCAAUUCGAGCACUGGUUCUAGGAAUAGAGGUUUUGAUUACUGAUGCCAAUUUUUUUUUAAUAUAAAAAUAGUGAUCAUUACCUUGAUAAUUACCUCGUAAUUCUUGACCGUCGCCUUUAUCAAACGGUAUUAAUACUACUACUCACCCUCAGAAAAUUAAAUUCCUUUUUUACUAUUACAUACCUACAAUACAGAGUACAAAAUUAUGGUCAAAUACAUUUUUUUUAUACAUUCCAAAUAUUGUUCAUUUCCAGAUUGUAUGGUAAUAUUUUUUUCUAAAAAUAUCGUUAAAACAUUAUUUAAUUUAUAUUCAACUAUACUAUAAGAUACUUGGGUACAUUAUAAUUAUAGGGAUUUUUAAAGUUUAAAUCGGUGAAGUGGAGAACGAACAACUAAAACAUAAUAUACGCAGUAUCAAAUAAUACGACUCGUCCCAUCCGUAUUGGAAAAUUAAAAAUCAAUAUUUUUAGUUUUUUUUGUUUCAGUUUAUCAAAAACAGUGUUUGAUAAAAGGCCGCUUUUUUCAAAGGAACGAAACAUAGAAAGCGUUACUUUAAAAUAAAUAAGAACGUAAAAUAGUUCAUAUUUAUCUUUUUCCUUUUUUUUUUUUCAAUUUUCCAUAUAUUAUAAUAUUAAUAUUUCAUAAAAAUUAUUCAAUAUUGAGUUUCACUGUAUAAUCUCAGCAGCCGACGGAUGUUGGCAACAGUCGACCGCGUAUAACGUGUAGAUAAAUUUCUAAUAUCAAUUAAUAAAUAAAAUAUUUGACAGCGAAUUGAUAAAUUUAUUUUUAAAUUAUUUUUUCAAAUUUGUUGGGUAUAAUUUAUCAAAAAUUUUAAAAUUAUAAAUUCUAACUAUUUUAUCUAAUUUUAACUGAGUCAUUUGAGUUAAACAGUCCCAAAAAACUAAAAAUGCAUAAAAAAAUCUAUUAAAAAUCGUUUAAUUUCACACAGAAUUUUCUAUGACUCCUGAAAACUAAAAUACGUGUAUUAUAUUGUUUCCAAAGCAAAUUAAAUAUUAGUAUUUUAAAAUUAAGAUUAUAAAAGUUUAACCUUUGUACUAAGUAUUAAUAAAAAAAAUAAAUAAAUAAAAAAAAGCGACACGUUUAAAACCUAAUUCAACGUGUUUCUUUUUUUGCAGUAAGGACGAGGAACAGGAACGAAUUUCUUUAUAAAAGAAACUUUCCUAACACUGGGUUAAAAAGUAAAAUUUUGAAAAUAGUUUUAAAAAUAUCUUAUACCACUAUUAUAAAUUAUAAUAUGUAUCCAAUGAAUAAACCCCCUAAAGAAAACUCGUGAUUAAAAAAAAUCCGUCCGAUACAUUAUGCACUGAACAAAAUUACGUUAAAACAUCUAUAUUUAAAACCUUUGUAUUUUUUUAUUUUUUUAUUCUCGAUUCGUGUUGGUGAUAUUUUGUUUGUACGUGUACGUGUGUCUAAUAAUUGUUAAAAUACACAAGGUGCAGGGUUACCUAAAAACGGAUUUUUUUUUUCUUUUAGGAUUACGAGGUCGACCUGUACCUGCGGCAAAAAUGGCAAGACGCUAGGCUGCAACAUCCCGAGAUCACGGAAUCUCUAGACCUAAACGAUCCGAAUUUGGUGAAAGCCAUCUGGAAACCGGAAGUGUACUUUCCGAAUGCGAAACACGCGGAAUUUCAAUUCGUUACGGUGCCCAACGUUCUGAUACGCAUCAAACCCGACGGCGAUAUACUCUACAUGCUCAGGUAUAUUGUUCAAAUAAAUUGCAUUACCGUUUCGUCCUGUUAACGGAUUGUAAACGAAAAAAAAAAAAAUAUUAUUUUUAACAUUUGCGUGAUGUGGUAUUUUUAUUUACCCUUAAAAAUAUUUGAUUACAUAAUUGUAUAUACUAUCUACCUUGUUGAGUACAUAAAAUAGAACACCGAACAUUAAUUAAAAUUGUUAUUUGUCACCCGUAUACAAAAAAAAAAAAUGUAAGCGCUACUUAUUUUCAACUGCUAUAUAAUUUCCCGAGGUGGAUAAAUCGUAACAAAAAGAUAUUUAGGUCAAUAUUUUAUUGUCGUAAAAUUUAAUAAUUGUAGUAAUAAUUCCCAAUAAUACAUUUUGUAUUUAUUUUUUUUUUUAAAGCAACGAAAUUAAAUAAAUUUAAAUAAUUGAGUCAAACGGCAAUUCGAUUAUCGUAAUAUAUAAUAUAUUAAUAUAAUAAUUUAAAAACAUAAACUCCCCGUAGGUUUUAGAUUACGUUUCUCUGAUGUAUGACACUAUAUCAAAUUCAUAAUAAUACUUUGGAAAAUUAAAUUUUUGUCACGCACAAAUAUUUUGAUGAUAAUAACGAAAUACGGUUCGUAUUAUAUAAUAUACUGUAUACACAUAAUACAGUAUAACUACUAAUAAAUUAUGUCACGUACACAAAGACAUAAAUCGAGAUAAUAUAAACUUCAUUAUAAUAUAAAUAAUACGAGUAAUGAAAAUCUCAACUUUUCGAGAUUUUAAAUUAACCAAAGAGAAACUGUUUUAAGGUCCCGUGUUGCUUAUAUGCCUACCGGUAUAUGCUUAUGUACCUGUACGUUUUAGUGAUAUGUCGAGAUUUUCAUUCGUAAUCCUAUUUUGAAAAUAUAAGUUAUCGAGUGUCUAACAUAAAAUCAUAAUUGAAUAGCUUGUAAAAUGUUAAACGUUAUUUAUACGUACAAAUUAAAAAUAAAAACCACCCGUGAAUAGAAUUUCGCCAUUACCGUCGAAUUUUUUCCCGCCUGAAAAACAAUAAAUAAACAUGUACUAUUUUGCGUAUUACAACUAUACUACUCGUACUCCAAAUAAAUAGUGAUCGACACUCCCAAAAAACCAUUAUCCUUAAUUCCAGAGCAAUACAACUACGUAUUGAAAAUCUCAUACAUUAAUAGCUUCAUUUGGGGUGUUUACAGCUCAAAUAUAUAUGUGACGACAUGCUGAAAUUUCUAUUAUAAUUUUCACUCAACGAUAUUUCAAAUCAGGUACGUGCUUACGGACGAAGAUUAGGUUGUCAUAUUCCCACUCUCCUUUUAACCUUUUUUUAACAUUUAGAUACCAAGUAAUGUAAUAUUAAUUUCUACCUGAAAAUAUAUUUAAUGAUUGCAUACCUUAGGUUACAUAAACAGUCUCAAUAUGAAAAUGUUGAGCACACCACUGUCUUUAUCCAAACCAUAUCCAAACCUCUUAUGUAGGUACUGAUUCAUCAUCCUAUUUUCUCUCUUCAUUCUAUUUUUCUGACUACCGCCAAACCCUCUGGUCCAUACAAUAUAGACGAUCUCACCACAAUCUUGUAGAACUUACCUUUAAAUCUAAGUAACAUUUCUCUUUCUCGUAUAUUAAUUGUUAUCAUUCUAUACUCUAUAGUUAGGUAAAGUGGUUUUUUUAUUUCCGGUAGUAAUCAUUGCAAAUAAAAUCCAAAAUAAAUAAUAUUACAAAUAUUUUAUAACACAUUAUUUAAUUGUAUCUAAGCCUUGAUUGUAAUUACUUAUUUUGUAUUUCAUUUACGCUUUAAUUUUAUGAAUCAUUUUAGCUUCCCAAAAGGUAAAAUCAUAAUCUAUUAUUUUAACAUUUGUCUAAUAAUUCAUGUGUGCAACAAAAUGACAUAAUUUCCGCUGACUAAUAUACAAUUAAACUAUAAUUUAGUAGUCAAAUGAAUGUUCGGGUUUUAAUUCAAUUUUGUUAUUUACAAGACGGCAGUUUUGGAACUAAAAACAUGUAUAAUGAUAAUUAUAAUAACAAUAUAGUAUGUAUAUUUGAAUUAUUUUAAUUGUUGAUACUCCUAAACAUAUUACAGUUAUUAUUACAUAAUAUUGUAACAAACAAAGAACUUACAAGAUUAUUCGUGAAUGCUUCUAUAGCACUAGAAGUAUCUUAUGCAAUUUACUGGUAUUUGAUUUCUACUACAGCUUCGUUUUGAAUUAAACUACAAGUAUCUAUAAAAACAUUUAAAGAAAUAUUUUUAUUUUUAAAAUAGAUGACAAUAAAAAAAAGAUCUACCUAGAAUAACUGCUAAAUUUGGAUCAUUAGAAUCUAUGAUCAACCACAAAUUUCAAUUUUUUUUUUUUAUAUUUUGCUCUGCUUUUUGACGGGUGAUGUCUUCUACUUCUCGUUCGUAUUGUAGUGAUUUUGACUGAGAACAUAGGACGUAAAGUAUUUUAUACACUGUAUUUUUGCAUUAUGUGUUUGCACACAUUAUGUAAAUUUGUACAAAACGCGAUGCUUAAAUGGUAUUUUUUUCAUAAAACCAUUUUUCGUUGUUAUAUUAAUCUCGAGUAUCGAUUGCGAUUUUUAUAAAAUUAAUAUAGUUAAAUUUUAUACGAAACAAUGAUUUUUUAGUCUCCAAUUCUUCUGUCUAUGCUACAACUGCUAUGAGUGGUUCAGCUAAACCAUAAUCAGCAUCUGGUCCAUGUGAACGCGGCUUUUGGAAAAUAAUUGACGUUUAGCUUUCGUGUUUCUUUGAAUCCGUUCAAUAUUUGUCAUACAUUUUUUUCCAAACAUCCCUAGGAAAAAACCAACCCUUUUUUCUUUUUCCCGUCACAUGUUUAUUUAUUAUGGAAUUAAAUAGCUCGAUAAUCGAACUACGCUCAAAAUCGUUUUUCGUUAACAAUGAUUAAUCAUUGGCUACAAAUAUACCAUGUACAUCAAUUUCCCCUAUAUACCUUCCCAACUUCUCACCUACAAUAGUAGCCCACCCAUUAUGAGAAGUAUGCCUAUUUGUCAUUUUUAGUGAUUGAUUUUUGGCAAAUUAUACAGUACAUAAUUUUAUAGUAAUAAAAAGUAUUUUCUGUGUUUUUAAACCAAUUGUUGAAAUCUAAUUCAUAAAAAGUACUUUUAAUUUAUUCAUAACUUAUAAAUUAAUUUAAUAAAUAUCUCGAAUAUAUUCAUCUAAACUGUAUAGAUGUCGAAACUUUAAGAGUUUUUACUUAUUUAUAUUUUAUAUUUCUUGCAUCAUUUUAAUGAAAAAAAAUAUCGUACGAAAUCGGUAAAAUACAAAUGUAGUACUUUAUAAAUGGGAUUAAAGAUUUCAAAAAUAUGUUGAUCAUUUUUAUUUGUCAAAUGUGAAGCGGCCUCAACGCGCUGCAUCGUCUCCUCAACCUUACAUGUGGCUACUUUAACAACCUACCUAAACCCGACAUAUUAGACUAUUCAAGUCCAUUGGAAAUAGUGUUAGAAGUUAUGUCCCGGAAAGCUUAGUAUCAAAACAGACGCCCGGUAAACGAGAGACUCGGUUUCGAUUUCUGGUCUGGCCUUCUGAUUUUCGCACUAUUUUUCGGAUGAGAACAACCCGGUCUAAUGGCUUCCCAAAAGGAAAACCGUUCUGAUCUCUAACAACCGCGUGACAGGCACAGGCUCGGUUGGAUCACCCCACGAGUACGGUCUGGAGAAAAGCAUGACAUGGCCUCUUCAGUAGUAUAAUAGUGGUAAGCAUUUACGGUUUUUCCAAUUUAUUAUGAAAACAGGUGGGAAAAUAAACAAAUUAUCUCCUAAAAGUACAACUCCAGUCAGAUUUCCUUUUAGAAAAAAUGCUACACUUGGAAAUCGGAGCAAUAUUUCUGGUAUACAAGUUUUUUACAGAAAAAAAAGGGCCUUCUUAUUUUACUAACACAAUUCGUAUAUUUUCCUGUUUUUCCUCCAUAUUUUCUCGGUUUUUACCAUUUAUUAUGAUAACCCCUUGAAAAAUUCUCCUCAAAGUACCACCCAAAAAAAAAAUUUACUUCAAAAAAAGGUGCUGCAGUAUAUGUAAAAAAUAAUAGUAAACAUCAUUGUAAAACCAAUACAUUAUUCGCCCAGCAAAAAUCUAAAAUGCUGCAAAAUUGGCUAUAUGAGUAUGUUAUAAUUAAGACAUUUAUUUUUCAAAAACAUGUCUCAGGAGAAUCACACUCUAAUUUUCAAUAUAUUGUUUAUACAAAAUAUAAAUUUCGUCAACGUAAAAAUGAGAAUAUUAUCUGUGUUUAUAUGUGAGCUUAAAUGACCUCAAAUGAGAGCAAUUCUUCCAAAACAUGUUUUUAGACUUCAAAAAUAGAUCUGUGAUGCUACAGAUUAAUAAUGGAUUUGUGGCGUCCUCUUAACACUUUUCCUCUUCCGCAUAAAAUAAUCAAUUUAUGGUCUAUUUCCUUCACUUUUAAAAAUUAUAUAACACUGUUCUGUCUUCCUAAAAUAUAUAUUAAUAACUGCAAGGUCAUAUGCUAACACAAAAUCUAGAAUUCGUUUCCCAGCCUUAUUUCUCUCCUCAAAACCUCCAUGUGCCCUCUGGUAUCUUGUCCUAUCAUAACCAACAUGUCCAUUCAUUUCACCACCAUAUGUCACCUUAAGGUGAAAAAAUAAAAUUCAAACAAUUAUUGCGAUAAUAAUAUGUCUCACUUGUCUCACUCGCAAAGCCACCACUAAAAAUCCGUAGCUUUAUGAAAUGCACAGUUUUAAUUUUAACUUUUAAUUGUUAAAUAUUGAAUUUACAACACCACGGUUAAAUAGUGUAUACCGAAAGAAUAAAAACAAAAACGUAAAUCUAUCGUAAUAAAAUAAUAUCUUCAUUCUGCUUGUUUUUCGAGCUGGCCACAGAUAUAUAAAACAUCAAUAUACCCACCCCAUAGAUUCAUGAGCGGUUCUAGAAAAAUCGUACAAUUAAGUUAAAAUCAAAAUAUCGUAUUGUGUAUCGUUAUUCCGCUCGGUACCUACCGAAUAAUAUGUUACUCGGUAGGUAUACAUUGUUGUUGUUUAAAUUCUGCAUUAUAUUACAAUGCGUACAUAAUAAGUAGGUGGGUACUCGAACCAUAAUACGGGGUGCGUCCUUAAUUUAUUAUCCAUAUAUUAUUAUCAUAUGUAAUAAUAAUAAUAAUAAUAAGUAACUAGGUACCAGGCGUAUACCACUCGCGUAUAUUAUGUUGAGCUCUCGCCCUUGUAUUAAUUCCGCAACGUUUAUCAACAUUCCAUUAUUGUUUGGCGAACAAUAUUGCGUCGUUUUGUCCACCACACCGCUUCAAUGUGAUUAUUGAUAUUGUUUUACUGAACGCCGAUGCGGGAUAGUUUUCGGGGAUUCAUUUCGAGUAGAAAUAUAUUCGUGUACCGAGUAGGCAUAGGCAACUUCCCGCCGCCAGCCGAAGUCACGUCAGCAACGAGUGCCAGUUUACAUUAAUCGUUUUAUUAUAAUCGGUUUUACUACCAAACAAUACGUACAUUAUGUUGGGAUUCUGAGCGGUUUUACUAUGAUGGUUUACGAUGUUUUUUCUAUUUUUACGAGAUUGUUUUUUGUACAUUUCUAAAAUACAUUGCUCAAAAUCAUUUUUCGCUAGCAACAGUUUAUCGUUACGUACUGGUAUACAUUAAAUUACUCAGUAUAUCUUAUUCCUUUUGACUUCCUUCCUAAGACAGUGGCACCCGUCAGUCGGUUUUUUUUUUCUAUCCGCGUUAUCAGAAUACUUGCCCGAAUAAAAAAACCUAUCAACGUGUGCGCGUCCCAGUAGGAUAUAUUUUAAUCUUAUUGACAGUGCAAUCAGAAGAUAAUUUUUAAAAUGCCUAAUAUGUUUUCAUACCACUCUGUACGGCUGUACUUAUUUAUACCUAUCUCAAAAAUAUUUAAAAAUCGGUCUCAUUCAAACUUCGAAUUAUAGCAUUUAGACAAAAUAUAAUUUGUAUAAUGCAAAUCCCUUAAUUGAAUGGAAAUGUUUUAAAAUAUUUUAUCACGAGUUAUUUUUCAGGAAUAACGUUUAAAUAUUAAUUAUUUUGUCUGGUUUGUACAAAACUUAAAACUAUUGGCACGUAUAAUAUAAUAUAAAUAAUGUAUACGGGGACAAAAACCCAAACACCAGUGGACACUAUUUCGAACCGCGUAUGGUAACUUUUGAAAAUUAUCUUUAAUUUGUUAAUGAACAACUAGUUCAGCGUUAAACUACUAAAAUAAUACAUUAUUUCGGUCGUUAUUUUUCUUACCAUCGUUUUUCUACCGUGGCUUAAUUAGAACCAUUUACUUCAAGGUUUACUGCUUUGACACAUUUAUUACCCGCAUUGCACUAAUUUUAUUUAGAAAACCACUUGACCUCCGAACGAAUCUAGAAUAAUCGAAAUAAACGAAAAAUAACACCAAAAAUAAUCUCACACAAUAAAAUUAAUCAACUGAUUUUACGACAACGCAAUCACUAUUUUUUUUAAUCAAAAUUCUGUGUAAACACUUGCAAUUUAAUUCGAAUACCAAAUACUCAGAAAAAAAGAAAUGAUACUAGGGACGAGUGUGACCACUGUUGUAGGUAAGUAUUUAGAAAGAUGGGACAAAUAAAGUUAUUUAAUUAAUACCAGUAACUAACGAAAAACGAUUCGAAGCGAAAUUUGGUCAUACAUAUUUUGAAAGGAGGUACAUAAUAUUUACGACUAUUGUCAAAAUGUAUAUUUAAAACUUUUAUAAAAAAAAUGAUUGCAUUAAACUCAAAUUUUUUUUUUUACCACUUAGUAAAACUUAUAAUGAACCAUCUAUCAAAUUGUCAAGCAUAUCUGUUAAUUCAAACAAUCUCCAAAGUACCGAACAAAUUAAAUUUACGUAAAAAAUCUCGUAAAAUUAAAAUGUCUAUAAAAACUCAAACAUUUCUUAAAUUUUUUUCAAUAUUACCAUGCCUAUAAAAAGCGAAUAUAAAUGUUCUGUCAAAAUUUCAAGUCUACAAUUAUUUUUAACAAAAUUAUAUUAAAAAAUCAAAAUUUAAAAUAAUAGAAGAAUUAUUUUGUAAAUUUCCCCUUAAUCUCUACGUAUUUUUAGUUUUGCUCAAUAAUAAAAAAACGACUCACACUGCUUAGUCACUUACUAGAUUAAAAAUAUAAAAAAAAAAGUAUGUUGUUUUUCUUUUGAAGAAAUAUUCAUGAUAGAAAAUAUAAGCCGUAACAUUGUUAAGUUAUGAAUACGUUGUGUCGUAAUUUGAAAAAAAUCUUUUUUUUCGACUUUAUUGGUUUUUCCAAAUUAUUAUGAAAACUACUUAAGGUACCAAAAAAUAGCUUUUUUGUCAAUGAAAAUUAAAAGAAAUAAAAUCAAUCUCUUGUCAUUUUUCAAUUAAAGCAAUGUUUCUAUAUUUCUGGUAAAAAAACAUUGUGAACAAAAAUUAAAAUCAACGAAAACGAGUAACACUGAGGUGUGCCUUAAAUAUUUGCCAUUUUACCUAUAAUUUUCCUCUAGAUUUUUCCGAGUUAUUUUGAAAACCUCUUAGAAAAUGGUCUCUCUAAUACAUUAACUAGAAAUAAUUUCCCUUUAAAAUAGAUAUACUUUAUAAAUACUUUAUACAUCGGAGCAAGAUUUUUUUCCAAAAAGUUGUUUAAAACCAAUAGAUCCCUCGCUGCGCUCCGAAUCAAUAAAAGCUAAUACUGUUAACGAAUAUAACACUGUUUUGGUCAGGAAGUUUAAAGAUGUAUAGACUAAUUUAAUUUAUACCUGUACAUAACGAUAAACCAUUGUUAAUAAAAGCGAUUCUGAGCAAAGUAUCGGUAAUCUUAUUUUUUUUCUUGUUAUCAUGAUAACUCAAACCUAAAAAUAUUGGUUUUACCGAUAUGUUAAAAAAUCUUCAAGAAAAGUUUCAAAAUUAUCUCUUCAUUGCACCAAUUAGUUCAAAAAUACAAUAAUAGAGUUCCAAUAAAAUUUUAAAAUUAGAGCAAGAUUUCUGGUAGAAAAGUCGUUAACAGACACAAAAAAUAAACAAAAUAUUUUUAUAUUCCUCACUUUUUUUAGAAUCUAAAACGAGUUUUCCGCGAAUUAUUGUUAAAUCAAUUUACAUUUAAAAAACUUAAGAGAUUUCUAGAAGACAAAAUAGAGUACCUAUAGCCAUCUAUUAUAUAUACGAAUAGACACCGAUGGUUUUAAUUUUAUAAUAUUAAAAUGCACAAUGGGAAAUAUUUAAAUCCAAAUUCAAUCGAUAAAAAAUAGUAUAUAUAUGAAAAAGAAAUAUCUCAAAAUUAUUCAAGUUUUAAUAUACAUAAAUAAGCUUGAAGUGUCCUAAAAAAAUAACCAAUCUGUGUAAACAAACACAUUUAAAAAUUGCGCAUUGUCGUUGGGUUUAUUCGGGGCUGUGCGAAAAUAAAACCUAUAGUUACAGGUACAUAAUCUUAUGAAGAAUAAACUUAACCGGUGUCCUACCCAUCAAUAAAAAUGUUAUUUCAAGCGAACUUUGCAUGGGUACAAUGCAUGCUAAAAAAGUAUACAUAAAUAUUAUAUUCCUAAUUCCUAUACAAUAAUAUUAUAUAAUAUUGACUUACGUAUAUUUUUUUUUUAUUUUUUUUUUUUUUUGAUAUUGAUUACCACAAUAAACGCAGCAUGCAACAAAAAAAAAUCAAUAAAUCGUAUACAUAAUAACUCACAACAGGAUGAAAUACACAGGGUGAUCAUCAUAACGUAAGACAACGGAAAGUAUUAGGUAAUUGUUUUCGAAAUUUGAUUUUUAGAACGUUUAAGAAACAAACAGCUCUAAAAUGUUACUAUUUCCCAAUUUUUAUUUUCAAAUAGCGACCUAUAAUAAAAAUUCCAAGGAUAUAUAAAGUUUUUGUUUAAAUAAAUUUCCAUCUACCCGUUAAUAAGAUAUACAACUUUUAAAUCUGGAUAGGAUAGUAGAGUUAUAGCAGAGUAUUGAUUGUGAUGUACGGACAAAAAGGCAAACUUAGGAAGAAAAACUUAAGUAGAAUAACUCAACACCGAAUUUCAUUUUGACUAAAAACUUCAUCUAUUUAUUCAUAACAAUUUUAAUACAUGGUUGAAAAUCGAAAAUCGAUCAGAAGCCGUUAGACAAUGGUUAACCUCUUAAAAUUUGGGUGACACAAAAUAACGGACAUAUGUAACCAUUUUAAAGCUUAUUUUUUUUGUUAAACGUUCCAAAAAAUAAAACGUAUUCCAAAAAAAUUAACACUUUCCAAUGUAACGAGUGUCUUAUGUGUUACGUCGAUCAACCCUGUAUAAUAAUACGAUAAUGCAAUAACAUCAUGUACCGGGUGUGUUUAUCAGUGUCUCGUGUACGUCCGGUAGUGUGAUGGAAUAAAAUCGUGCGCUAUUAAUAUUUGAAUUUUCCGCCGAGCAAUAAUAUAAGAAACCGUGCCGUUUGCAAACAUAAUGCGUCACGCGACGUUUAAAAAAAAAAAAUAAUGAUACGUGCGUCGACUCGAAAACCGUUUUCGUAUUAUACACGACCCGCGAUAUUAAUAAUAUUAUAGACCAGCACGUGUGUUACUACAUUAUUAUAAUUAUGCGUUUGAUAAUACUCUUUUAAACGUUUAUUUAUUUUUUUUUUCGACGGUCCGGACCGAGGCGGAAUUUAUCGAGUAUGUGAUAUUAUUCCGAUCGGACUCGUUUUCAGGCAAACGUUUUUCUCUCGUUGAAUAUCUUCGACCACCACGUGUUCGCGAUACGCACGUAUAAUGUUAUUGUUUUUUUUUUCAGUGUUUUUCUAUGAGGACGGAACACCGAUCUAACCCUCCCCGGUUUUGUGGCCGAGCUUAUAUAUAUAUACAAAAUAUACCGACCCGUAAACAAUACACCGGGGAAAACCUUCACACCCCCCUCCCCCGGUCCUAAACACACACUCACACUUCAAUGAGCCACGACGGUUUUCCAGUUCGUUUUACCGACCGUCGUCGUCAGUCGGUUUUUUUCUGUACUCUGUGUGUGUGCGUAUGUAUUUGUGUGUGUGUGUACGUGCGUGUGUGUGUGUAUGUGUGUACGUGUAUUAUUUCACCGUAGGCGGACCGAUACAGACCCGCGUGAUGAUGUCAAAAUAAUACGCGCACGCGAUUUUUAAAAUAUAGAAACCCACUGCGGCCGGCGCGUCGGCGGUUUUCCGUCGGGACUUUGUCGUCAGUGACAUAUGCAGGAGGCCGAAAUCCGAUCCGAAUCGGAUGUACAUGCGUUACCACGACAAUUUCAAAACUCCGUAAUUAGAAAUUUGUCGUUUCGAAACUACGGCGACAUCGAAUUAAAUCUAAUUUUCUCAGAUUUCCCGGAAACGGCGGCGGUGACUCGUUGUUUAUACGACGAGAUUUCUAUAUUUUUGUCCGGAGCUCCGACACACGCGCAGAUUCUUGAAAAACAAAACGAAUAAACUGCGGAAACACACUUUCCCGAUUGCUUUGCGUAGUUUAUUGUAUUCCGAGUAGACCACUUUUACAAUUUUACAUCGAUAUGUGCUGCUUUUUUCCCGUCAAAAAGGACUUUGGUGGGAGGGAUGAGGGGCAAUGAAAAUUGUUUUUCAAAAUUCAGACCGCACACUUUUUAGAACGGCAUUUAUACGUACUAUAUUCUGAUCAGUGGCGUGCGAAGGGGGGAGGUUAGGUGUUAUAUCUUACCUAUUGGCUUAAAAUACAAGAGUAAUAAAAGUUAUUUAAUGUCGAAAUACAUUUAUUUCAGCCAAGUUGUGAGAAAAAGCUUGAUAUAUUGCUUAGAAAUUGGCCUUUUUUAGGAUCCGGCUUUUAAAUUACCAAUUUCUACAGUCAAUUUGGGUAGAGAAGACGAAUUUAUAAUUUAUUCAUGAUUCCUAUUUGCUACAUCCCAUUAACAAUUCCUGGGCACGCCUACAGAUACCCGGAUGAGACGUCAUAUUUUCGAAAUUCUCAUUAAAUUUCAUUAUGGUUUCAAUAAGUUAAAAAAAGAAAUAAUUUUUAAAAAAAAAUUGCACGGACUGUCAAAAUAAUCUCUAUUCCGCAAAUCAGUUUGGAGAUUUUUUUUCUGAAUCAAAUGAUUUAUCCAAUAAUUUGUUUGCCAAUUUCAUUUAUGGUUAUUCCGGAAAGAUAUUUUUGAUGGCGACAAAAUCUAGUGAUAAUCGUCAAUUAGGUGUUUUACUGAAAAACGGUGUAGCCGCCGAUAUUUUAUUACAUUAUAUCACAUUGGCCACGAGUAACCAAAGAGUGAACACGUAUAUCUGUUUGCUUUAUGUACGAAACCGUUAAAAUUCACCUUAAACAGUAGAUUAAAACGAUCGAUAUAACUGGUCCGCAACGAAUUAUUUAUGUACGCUUACAAGUUGGGUAGAGUAGAUGAGAUAUUCCGGUAACUAUCUGGUUUUAUGAUAGAGAGCAAUCGGAUUUCACGAACAUUAUGUUAUUAUUUUCAUUAUUCAUGAAACCACAGAUAUCCCCACGCUCGAUGUGUGUCCGCCCUUUGUAUAUAAGCCGGAGUUCUUGUUGUUCGUGGUGUAAUUAUCUAUUAACUUUAACGCGCGGCUUACCACCUGUGCACACUCGUGAUAAACCUUACGAAGCGGUCAAGAGUCCGCGACUAAACUUUUAUGUUUAUGUACCUUAAUUGACCGGACUCGAAUUGUAGGAUUUGUCCAUGGUUGGAUUGUGAAACUACAUUAUAAUCGUACAGCUGGUGACGUCUCCCCUGCCACCAAAAAAAAAAAUUAAAUAUUUUCAGUCAAAAUAUCUUGGUUGGUAAUAUAAUAAUACAAUAUACCACUGAAAUUUUAAUAAUAUUUUAAGAAAUUAUGAACGGGUGAUGACGUUUUAACAUACCUAUAAUCGAUAAUUAACCUAGUUCCCACCCCAGAGUUAGAUGUAUCCUUACCCCUCGUGAUUGUCAUAGUCCAGACAAACCAGUGCACCAAUAUUAAAUUGGAAUAAAUAGAUAAUAUGUAAGACUUAAAUAAAAUUCGUACGGAGUCAGGUAAAUGCAACUACUUUCUAUAUAAAUAAAAAAUAAAAGAUUCGCCACACUGUGACUGCGGGCAAUUACAAACAGGCAGAUUAUAGAACAAUGUCCACAAACAAAGUAUAAUGGAGGUUCAAUUAAUCUCUAUAAGAGCGAUAAAACUCAUAAAUCAAAUAUUAUAGUGUAAUGCAUAUCGUAAUAUCCAAAAAAAUAUUCUCUAUUCGAAUCUGUGUUAAAAAAGGAGGAUUUCAAUUUGAAAAACAAAAUUAUAAAUUAUAAAGUUUAAACGAUUCCACGCGAUGAUUUAAAAAAACAGAAACCAAAUUCAUUUAAAAUCCUCUGGGGAAAUUGCUGGCUCAAAAUAAAAAUCAUUCUGUGACCUGUAUAAUAUGUAUUACGUAAAAACAAUACACAAUUAAUAACAUUUUACCUAUUUGAACUAUUGGUGUAUUAGUCAAGUAAAUUAAUGCUAUUUGUAAAUAAUCGUGACGAUAACAUUAUAAAAAAAAAAAAAAAAAACAUUAAACCACACUAUAAAUAAUAUAUUUAUGUACGAAAAACCUAUAAUAACGAAUGGCCAAAAAAUCGCCAAUUUCUAUGUCGUAUAACUGACAUUUAAUAUGAAGCACAGGCUACAUUGGUUGCACCUGUAAACCAGACAACGAUUCUUUAUUAGAAGUCUCUAGUGCUGCACACUUUUCAUAAAGGUAUGAUAGAAAUUUCGUACAUUCUGUCUCAAUGCAUAAAAUUGUUUUGAACUUUGUUCUCCUGUUUACCUUUCUGACACUCUAUACACAAAUAUUUUAGUAACGUUUUACUUUGUUGAAAUUACGAACCAUAUCCUACCGUACCGCUAUACGUAUAGCUACCUACCGUAUGAGGUAGAUUUUACAUAGGUAAUGCAUAGGAACAUUUUCUCCGUCAUCACAUAUAAGUGCUAUAAAAAACUCGCAAUAUCGAAAUCGAUGAGAUAAAAACACCGUCAUUCUUCGACACUAAUAAAUAAAUAAAAGGGCCAUUAAGUUCAUAAAAUAAAAUGAAUAUUUUAACAUAGAUGACAACGACAGAGAUAUUGUACUUUAUCUAAAUACAAUUUUACGUAAAACCCCACACAUUUUCGAGGUAGACGCUCAAAUUCAAAAAAACAACUAAAGAAACAGUACAUAAUAUAAUAGUUGGCCCGAAAUAGUUUUCAUUUUUCGAUUUUUGUACAUAAAUAUUUGUAUAAAAUAGCGCGAGUAUUGAAAUGGUACAACUUUUUCGAUUUGAUAGCAUUUUAAAGUGGUUUUAUUUCAUAAUUUUGUUUUUCUGAAAACUACGUAAAUGUCAACAUAAUCAACAAACCGAAAAUGUGUUAGGUAAAAAGAUCGGCCGCUGGACAUGGUUAUUGGAUUCGAUCACAAACGCAAACUAACACAUAAAUCAAAUAAAAUAUAUAUAUAUAUAUUAGCGUACCUACAGAUUUUACAUUUUUUUUUUUUUUUUUUGAAAAUAAAUAUAAAUUUAAUGAUGCAGUAAUGAGGAAACAUCGGAGUGACAUUUGAAUUUCGGCUGUUAUCGUAGUUAUACAAAUAUUUCGUACUACAUAAAAAAAAAAAAAAAAAAACGGAAUCGUAUGAUUGCCUUCGUAAUAUACUUUUCACAUCAAAAAAAGGUAGAUUCGAAAUAAGCAAUAUUUUAACGAAAUCUUUUUUUUCAAAAUAACGUUAUUCAAAGUCAGUCAUCUGUUGUUUUUCUUAUUAAAAUGUACGAGUAAAACUCAACGAAAUUUAUCGCGUUAAAUGCGUUACUCAAUAAAAAGAAAUAUUAAUAAUAAUAAUACAUACUUAUAUAAAAGUAAUAAUUCAUAUUUAUUACGUUAAUAUUUCAUUUAAUUGUUUGUACAUAAUAAAUUCAUAUAUAUUAUUAUUAUUAUAUGUAUAAUAUAUUAUACACUUUGGUUCUUUCGUGACCGUGAUCCAAUAAUUCAGAAAAAAAAAUAAUAAUAAUUGCUUACUACGAUGUAAAGGUCAUUUGAAAAACUAUUAUGAACGUUACCCAUUUUACUAUUAUGUGACUUAUUAUUUUUACCGUUUUAAGUGCUCCUUAAAGACGAGAAUAAUGAUUUUUGUAUAUAAUACAAUCAAAUAUUAUACGAGUCGACUAUAUUAGAUUAUCAUAUUAAAAUCCCGAGUCAUUAUGUAAUAUUACUAAAACCCGUUAAAAAUAAAUUUUAAUAAAUAAAUAAUUAAAAAUACUGCAUUAUGAUAUUUGAAUAUUAAAAAUAUUCGCAGUUAUUAAAAUGUUAAGUCUAUAUACCACAAAAAAAGAAAAAAAGUAUAAUAAUGCGUAUAUUACGAAUUUUAUGUAUUAUAUUAUUAUGUGUUGUAACAAAAUAUUAACGGGUCUUUGAAAUUAAAAAAUUUGCGCAUUUAAAAAACGACAUAAACAAAUCAUUACUUAACCCGUUACUUCAUGCUGUGAGCAAGUCACAGUGGUAGACGAUGGGUAAUUGGGAAAGUGGUAUAUAUAGGUUAAUUUGGUUUAUUUAUUGUAUACGCAACGAUAUAUCAUUAAAAACGAAAAACGAUUCUAAGUAGAGUACGAUAGUACGAUUAGUCUCGUUUUAGGUUCUGAGUGGAACGAAGAAGCAAAUUUACCAAAGGUUACUAAUCUACCUAAUCCAGAAAUAAAAAACAAAAACGAAAAGUGGAUUGGGCUAGAAUAAAGACUACGGGGUGAAUUGUUGAAAAUGUCGAGAAGUGUUUCACAUAACAAUGUCAGUCGAAAAAUCUGUACCUUUUGAGGAAAAGCGUAGGAAAAUCUACCUGCUACCGAAAACUAACCGAAAAAGUGUUCUCCGAGAUAAUUAAUAUACGUCUUUGUAAAACUAAUAUAAUAACGCUUUCGUUAUAAUUCUACUGAGAAUCUAAAAACGAGUAGAGUUUUCGCUUACGUCUGCGGCGUGUAUUUACGCGAAAACAACGUUUACCUAAUUCGUUAAAACCAUUUGUAGAUAAUAUACUGUUAUAAUCAUAUGUACACAGAUUACGAAUAUUGUAUUUUGUGAACCGCGAGUAAACGAAUGGAGUUGUACGAGGGUUAUUCGCGCUGCAGUCGGUAAGAAAAAAUGGUUAUAAUUUUCCAAAAGUAAAUAGCAAUAUAUAAAAAAAAUAAUAAUAAUAAUAAUAAUAAUAAUAAACGUGUAUAUAAAUGUUUUGUAUAUAAGAGCAUUAAACACUCUGAAUGUUUUCGGGGUAUUAUUUUUAUAUUUAUACAUAUAUAUGUACACAAACGUUACGGUCGGUCUUGAAUAAAAUUUCGGUUUACGUUUUCCUCGUUAAAAGAAAGAAAAAAUUGUAAUAAUAAUGUAAUGCGGCCUCGCGUCCUUUUCGUAUAAGACUACGACAUAAUAUAAUUACGAAACGUAGUACAAUAUUACAGUGUUUCGGCCGUUUCGGGUUAUAAUACAUUAACACCUCAUACAAUAUUAUUCGUUCUGUGAUUGUGAUUUUUACGAGACAUAAACGAUAUUUAAUUAUGUAUAAUAACAAUUAUUAAUUACAGUUUUUAGUUUUUAAACUAAUCGAAUUAUUACGCUUGUUUUGUUUCUUCCAGAUUAAAGUUGACGUUUUCGUGUAUGAUGGACCUAUCUAAAUUUCCGCUGGACAAUCAAGUCUGCACGAUGGAAGUAGCCAGUUGUAAGUACAGUGUAUUGUGAACAUUAUUACAGAUUGCUCUAAAAACACUUUUUGGUCGUUGUAAUUUCCCAUUAAAUAAUCGAUAUGUCGUAAAAUACAAAGAAAAAUAAAUGUUUAUAACUACCAGUAAUACGUUCUGCCAAAAGUUUUCAAUGCACUAGUGACAAAAAUACAAUAAUCAGUUACGAUUAUAAUUUUUAAAAAUUAUAAUAAAAGAUAAACCUAAGCUAACGAAAAAAAAUUCUGAGCAAAGUAUAUAGUGUUUUUUUCCUUGUUACCGAGGUAACCUAGAAAUCAACACAAAUGAAUCGUUUAGUUUCUAUAAUUUUUUGAAGUUUAUAAAAAUCAUCUAACAAAAUUAUUUUUCAUGGACAAAUUAGUAAAUCGAUUAAUAUUAUUUAAUAGUGGCAUUAAAAACAAUUUAGAUAAUCUCUAAAUUUCCAAAAAUAAUAGAAACUUAACGAUUCAUGAUUAGUAUAAAUGUAUAAUACCAACAUUUUAUUUGUAAAAUUAUUAUUUUGAAUUUUUGUAAAAACAAUUUUUUUUUUUUAGUUUUGUAAAAAAUAUCAAAAUGUAUAUGUGUAAACUAGAAGAAUCAUAAGCCACGGUUUUAGAAAUGAACACAAAACAAAUGAUUGCGUUUGUCGAAUCUUCGUGAGACGCACUGUUUACUUCUAUAUAUGAGUCCAAUUUUAAUCUUGAAAAAACUCAAUUAUUAUCAUUAUUAUACUACAGCAAAUAUAUUAACUCCGUUUUUGUUAUUAAUUGUUUAAUUUGUUUACCCGACCCGUAUAUUUGUACACGUCGCAUAUUAUUAUUAUUAUAUUAAGUAAAGACAGAUGUACGAAACGUUCUCGAAAUACGAAGCGUGUGUUCGAAAAUUACCCAGACUCAAACUCCCAAAUGGAUAAACGUAUUAUUUUUAUAAUUCCGUACCUACUGUCGUUAAAAAUAAACUAUGUAAUAUAAUUUUGAAACCGCGAUUAAUCGGAAAUCGAUAAAAAUGCUACAUGUGGAGACUAAUGAAUCAACAAAGUUUCCUUUUAACUACAGAUUUCGUGGGAAUAAGCAGUAUAGUUUUUCGCAAGUGGCUAUAUUAGGCUAGGAGGGAGCACCAAAUAUAAAACUCGGGGACAAAUAUUAUUGUUCUACUUUGAUCUUUUAUCCGUUUUAAAAUCAAUAAAAAAAAAGAAAGACUAUUUAUAAACGGUGAAAUUACGAAUUUAAAAAUAAAUUAUUCUAAUGUUUUUUUGGCUAGGUACUUUAUAAAUCCUCUAAAAAACAAAAGUGUACAUGGAAUCGUCUGAAAUUUCAAUACAAAUUAUACAACUACGGCAUACUAUUAAGCUGAUUCCUUAACAAAAAUCAUUCCCUAACUUUAUCAUUCACUCUUCGAUCAAUAUUAUUUAUUGAUCUCCAAUGCCGCUAGCCUUUAUUCUCCGUAUUAUAUAAUAUUUUCCGUAUGCCUUUUGCACAUAGAGCUCCACUGCGGGGCAUCGUUCAAUCGAACCUCUAGCUUAAUCGUUUAUUUUGAACAUGAAUUGUGUUUAUUUUAUUUUAUUAUUUUUAGAUACGCGUAUUAUGAAUCAAAGUUAAAAAUCAAAUGCCGUGAUUUUACGGUUUUCAUAAAAAUGUAAACUUUAAAUGCUUAUAAAAAAAAUUUGCAUUAUUAAACUUGUUUUAUCAAUUAUAAACAUACAUUAUAUAUUAGUACAACAUAUAAUAAACCUCCUUUUAAAUUUUCGGGCCCCUGUAAUAAUUUACAACAAAUUUUAUCCAUAUAAAAUAAAAAAUAAAAACUUAAAAAUUUCAAAAAAAGUCGUCAGAACAUGUUGAACAUUUUACUACGUAUACAAAAAAAGUAAGUUCGGUAAAAAUGUCAGGUCUUUAUUUUUUUUAAACUGAACUAUACCAAGAAAACAAAAUCGAAAAUAACAGAGCCAUUUAUUAUUAGUUAAUUUUUCCGUUUUUCUUACUCUUUUUUCCGUUUUAACCCCAUAUUAAAUAAAAUACAAAAGGAAAAAAUUACCUAAAUGCACGAACUAGACAAAACUCGCUAAAAUAAGCUCUUUCGUAAUUUUUUAUUGAACCAUGAUUUCUAGUAAAGGCUUGGAAUCUAAAAUAUAUUUUACACGGUACGAGUUAUCACAAUUAUUGCAUUGUUUAUACGGAUAAUUGCGAAUACCAACAUUGAUUUGUCACGUGUUCAACACCAAUUUCACUUAGAUUUGACUUACGAAACUCCGUAAACUUCUGCCAAAACAAUUAAACAUUUACAAACUCCUGGGUGUGCCGAAGAAUAUCGAAUAUGUAUUACAACGUUGUGAUACGCACAAACCGAUCGAAAUUCAAACGACAAAAUUAACGGACCGAGUUAAAAUAUAAUAUUAUAAUACAAAGCCGAUAAGCUCUCAAAAACGGCACUGACUGACACGUCGCCCAAACAAUAUUUACACGGAAUUGGCCACGGAUGGCGGCGGCCGGAGAGUUCAUUCCGUAAACGUCGAAACUAUUAUUAUUAUAUGGAGGUAUAUACUGAACACGGUUUAAUAUCGCAACCAUGAACGGGACACGACAAAAGGCAAGUUUUAUAAUCCCGUUAACAAACAAAGCUGUGAUAUCGAGGGACGAAGCAGAACCCGCCCUUAACAAACCCCGACCCGAUUUAUUGAAACGUAAUUUUGUUUGACCCUGUCUAUAAUACAUCGAAAAUAAUAUAAUAAACUAACGGUCAUCGAAAUUUAAUACGUCAGUCUUGAUAUUAAAAAAUAUAUAUAUUACAUGUACUAACGACCGAACUUUUUUUAUUUCACUCAAAAUUUAGAUUAUAAGUGGAGCUAAUACGUUUCUCGAGAAACAAUAUUCCACACCGUACCAUAAAAAUAUAUGCGGAUUUUCCACCCGGUGGUAUAAUCAUUUAUUUGAAAGGUUUUUCGAGAUUUUCGCGACUAAAUAUUACAAUACGCCGUGCUAGUUUUUAAUACUUCGGAAUUAAGAUUAUUGAGCUAUUGAUAUUUAAUAAUACAUAAUGCGAUUUUUUUUUUUUUUUUAAAUACAUAUUGUUUUAAAAAUUCUUCACUAUUUGAACAGAAAUUCUUAUAAACGCCGAAAACGAACGGAAGUGGAUAAUAAUAUACUUAAUCACAUGUAUUUAUUAAUACCUGUCUUAUUUUUGGUAUUGUAAUUUGUAACAUAACAAAACAUUGGGUUACCUAAACGAUUUAUUAAUUUGUAUUUUCAAAUAAGUUACCAACUCGACCGAUACAAAACGUUAUCGUAUUUUUUUUUUUUUUUCUAACUUUUCGGUUGUCCGAGAUGCGCGUUAUGUCUUAAAUUCAUUCUGUUCCACAAUCGUACGAUACGUCAAUACAUUUUUUUUUUGUUUUAUAAUAAUUUUUAAAUAUUAACUCGUUUUUUUACGUACUAACUACAUUUUUUGUAUUUUUGGGGUUUCGAUGUGGAGUGUAAUUUGUUUUCUAUUAAAAAAUAACUUCGAGUACAAAAAAUAAAUAAUAAUCCAAUACAAUAACAUUGUGAUAAAAAUAACAACUUUAUUGUAGUUAAAAAUCACGUAAUUUGACGUCAAACCAACACUAAUUUUCAUUUUUACUCUAUAGUUUCUAAAACAAUCGAAGAACUUCGGCUGGAGUGGAAAUCUACUAAUCCCGUAUUAAUGGCCAAAGGAUUGAGAAUGCCCCAAUUUGAAAUUGUGGACAUCGUACCUUCAGACUGUCAAGAAUCAUUUCAAAUAGGUAUGUAUUUAAUAAUACAUAUAAUAUUAUUGUUAACAUCUAACAAUUUUUGUAAACAAAAAUUGCGUAAUAAACAGGUACUAGGGAUUCAAUGUUAUUCCACAGUGUUCAGCUCACUAUUAUAAUUUUUUAAGAAGUUUUUCGACGUAUGGAUCAUAAAAAGCCGUACUUUUAGGAUCCGGUUUACUCAACAUAUCCUGAUCGAAUGUAUGUAAAAAAAAUGCAAAUAUUACUUAGCGGCAUUAUAGUAAAAAUCAAUGUUAACACGUUUGAUGCAACAGAAAUACUAUUCUUACAAUAUGUCUUGAUUUUAUAUUUUUCGACAUUUUAAAAUAAUUUUUUCUUGAUAAUUGUAAGAUAACAUGUCCGUAUAAAUAAUUAUAUCAGUGGCAAUUAUUUUUGUAGUAUAUCUUAUCUUCAAAAAACCUUUUUCAAUAACCUUAAGAUUAGUAAAUUAGAAUGGGAAAAUACCCAUUAUUACCUACCUAUUUGAAAUGUAUACAUUUCGAACGAUCGUUAUGAUACGAACUUCGAUAUAAUAUAACAAAUGAAAAAGUCAUAUAGGUAUAAAAUAAAUUCAAUAAUUUGAUAACUUGUUGUUUUGAUAAUUCUUAAAAAACUAUAAAUAACCAAUGAAAUUAUGAUAAAUAUACAAUAAAUCAUACAACUUUAGUAUUAAUUUAUUGUUAAAUUUUCAUUACAAUAAAAUAAAAUUAUUUAUUUUACCAUAACUGUAAGUCACAUAAAAAGAAAAUCCAUAAAUCCGGAUAAUCCAGAUAAUUCGAAAAAUCCGGAUAUGAAUUUGAUUCAAAUCUGGAUAUGGAUAUCCGGAUAUUCGGAUAAUUCAGAUAUUCGGAUUUCAUGCCUACCCCUAACACCUACUAGAAAAAAUUAAUUCAAAGUAUGUGAUAGUACACGAAUAAAUACACAGAAAGGUGUUUACGAAAGGAUAUUUCCCCAACUGGUCGACAAAAAUAUUCACUAUUGUAAAAAUAAAUAAAACAGUACCUACAACGUAUAUGUUAGAAGACUAUAUAGGUAAAUCGAUCGUCGGUGUUUUUAUGCGGAGGAAAUAAAUAAACCAGUUUCCAAAUACCUACUUGAUCGAAAAAGUCAUCCGUAGUAAAGGACCAAAAGUUUUUGUAAAAUGGUUUGGAUUUGAUAAUAACCACAAUAGUUGGAUAAAUUGUCAUACGAAAUAUAUAUAUAUACGAGUAGUUAGAUAAAUAAGGAUGUAAUUAAGAAAUAACGUUAGUUAUAUUUCAACCAUGAACGAGUUUGAAGCUACUAGAGAAAGGGAAAGAAAUAUGAUAUUUUCCGAGCUCGUUAUUUCAAAUAAAUUGAUUCAAAAUGGGUUUACUUCAUACAACCAACAGACUGAUAAGCAUGAAAUCAAUACUAAAACCCUGAAUGAAAAAUUAGAAAAUUUGAUAAAUCAGGUUUCUUUAACCGUUACCAUUGUAGAUGAUAUACAACAAGUUAUUAGUAAGCUUAUGGGGGGGGGGGGGUUAGGAUCUAUUUCUGAUCAAGAAUCUAAAAUAUACAAUAUUGAAGUGUUUACGCCAAUCAAAAUUCCACCUUCACCACAGUAUACGACAAAGUCUACCGAACCGAUGCAAAAAAAAAAUUGUUCUUCCCAUCCGUCUCGUCGGAGAAAAGACCCGGCAACUUCUUCCUCUCUACGACGAAGCAUGGGUGGUCUUUAGGUAGGUUGGCCGUGUCAAUAAAUAGCUCAUAAAUAGCCGAUAAAUAGCUUCAUCAAGACUCUCCGAUUCUUCUCCAGUAUAGGUGCUAUUGUCUAUCAUGUCUUUGGAAAAAUUGAUUUGGAAUUGAGAUGUUAAAAAAAUUUAAUCGACGGCGUUGAAAACUUUGGUAAGCUUAAAACUCGAAAAAACAUAAUAAGCAAAAGUAAAAUAUAAAAAAUAUAUUAUUUUGAUAUCGCAACCUUAUACCUGAAAAAUAGCUUUUCGAAAAAAAUGUAUAUUACUGAAUAAGAACCACUCAUAAUUAGUUUUGAAAAAAUUUUUUUUAAAUUAGUAUACAAAAAAAAAUAGGUCAUCAAUUUUUCUAACUAAAAUUCAAUAAAAAAAAUCAGUCGUAAUUAUCACACAUAAAUAGUUAGACGCAUCGCAAUCAUUCCCCGGCANUGCUAAACCAUGUAAAAUUAUUUGAGGUAAUGCAGAGCACAGUUAAUAUAUCACACUUUUUUUCAAUACAUUAUAAUAAAACUUCCUAAAUAAAUUGGUUGUUUUAAUUUAAUCGUAGUUUUUUUCAUAUGUACAGCUACUAAGUUUUCUGUAAAAAUAGUCGCUCGAUCCAAAUUUGGUUUAGCAGUCCACUUUUCCAAUUUUUUUCCAUUAUUAAUUAAUUUUAUAUCCUUAUGGUCCCUUGUGUUCAUUAUAGUCCUACCAAAUACACUGUUAAUAAUUAACUUAUAAUAAUCUUUUUCAAAUUCAUUAUCUGUCUGUACGAAGAUUUGUGUUGAAUUCUAAUUAUGGUCAACCAAUCUUUUUGAUCAAAUUCUAAAAUCGUAUGUAUUUUCUCUUAUUUUAAACCUAAACUUAAAUACAACCUAAGAUUAAUAUAAUGUAGUACAUAUUUUUUCUUGUCAUAUAGAGUUGUUGUUAAUUUUGGUAAUUUUUUAUUAUCAAAUACAUUUUCAGGAGCCAAUGGAUAAUCUGAUUGAAGAUUGUGAAGGUCUUCAGGAUAUUUCAAAUUUACUUCGAAAAUAUAGCCUUUUCUGGUCAUCUUUAAUUCUUAAAAUUUUUUCUGUAUUAAACCAAUCAGGAUUAUAUCAUUUAAAUCUUUUAUAUGGUAAAUAUUUACACAUCGCCAAUCCAUAGAGAUUCUUCAUCAUAUUUUUCUGGAGAAUCCAUAUAUUCAUAAGGAUAUGCUAAUUUUCCUUUUACUAAAUCCAAUUGUACAGGAUAAUGUUUAGACAGUUCAUUAAACUGGUAUGGUUUUAAAUUAUUAGCUAACUUUUCUAAAGAAUUUUGAAAUGAUCUUUUUAUUAGUUUGAGGACGUUAAAAUAAUUUAAAUCAUUAUGUGCAACUUGUUGGGGGGUUCGACAUGAAUAAAUAUCGAUGGAUAUAAAAAAUAGAUAUUUGUAUAGAAAACUGAACAGUUUUUAUAUUAAACGUAUAACUAUACAAUUUUUGUUAUAUUUGUGAUAAAUAUCAACUGCACCUGAACAUUAGGGUGGUCCUCUAUUAUGUAUGAAAAAAAAAUAACCAAAUAUUUCAAAUUACUCCCCCCUAAUAAGUUCCAUUAGUAAAAAUAAUGAUAUAAAUAAAGUUUUAGACAAAUCAAAUAAAUUUAACUCGUGUCACAACAACUCUGAAGUUAUAAAUAUAGAAAAUUUUUCAAAAUCGUUAAGUUUUUGUUAUAAAACCAACAUAGCUCUAGAGAAAAGAAUCUCACGAUAAAUUUUUUAGAUUAUAAAUUUAAAGCUUUUUUAAAUAUUUGAACUAAAAGGUCAAAAAAAANUGCACAAAUAAAUAAUAUGCACUUUACCCAGUACCCAUAUUUUGCGAUUAUUACCUAAAGAUUAUUUUUAUGACUCAGACAAUCAAAUAAUAUAUUAUCUACAUUCUUUAUUCUCUACAUCACACAUUAUUACAAUCUAUACUUAUAUGUUAUCGGAUAUAUCAUGUCAUUGUAGUCAUUUUGCGAUUUAUUGAUUAAUUUAUCAGUUGACUUACUACAACGACUAGUGUCACACUAAAAUUGUUGAGUAUUAAAUUUUCAAAUUUUGUACGUCAUACAUUUUAUUUUAGUGACUUACAAUGGUUACCAGGGAUAGUUUACGUGAGUCGAAAUAUAUUUUUUUAAUUGGAUAUAGUACAAAUCAAAUUGUUGGUAGUAAAUUACCAUCAAACAAACAAGUUUUGUCGGUACUAUUUUUUAAUAUGCGUGAAGUAAACUUAAAUUUGCAUCAAAGUGCUACAUUAGUGAUACAAGAAGCAAUCAUUUUUUGGCGGAAGGCACGCAUACCAACGAGAACAGAACAAAAGUGUGUGAACAAGCUGGAAGGUUUAUACAAAGAGUGGAGAAAUUUACAAAAAUUAGAAUAUAGAAAAAGUGCAAAUGGAAAAAAAUACGCAGUUUCUAUCAAAGUUAGAUGAUUUAUUCGACGUAGCGAGUGCAAAUGUAUUAGAUUUCCUAUCUAUUGAGAAUGACAAAGCAUUUUUAAUAGCCCAGAGACAGAAAGGUUGACCUGGGUCGUUGCUUGGUAUUGAUCAAAAAAUGAUAAAAAAAGAAAAAAUCAUAGAAGAAAGCAAACAAGCGACAAAUAAAAGAAAAUAUCGUGCCCGUGAUGAAUUUGAAGCUUUGUGUACGUUUUUAGUCUAUAAUAUUAAUUUUGAUUUCAAUAAAUGUGUAAUAAUAUAAAAUUAAUUUCAGAUAAAACUGUAGAACUACAGUCGUCGAGUAGUUCUGACGAAUGUGACGAUGUAGAUAGUGAGGAAUUUAUACAUUAAGAUGCUAUUGGUCCAUUAAGUAAAUUUUUCAAAUUAAGCAGAGGGCACGAUGAUUUUAUCUCCGAAAAACUCGCAAAUGUAUUAGACAAAUGUAAAGUCAGUGACAAGAAUGCUGUACAUCUUUUAACUGCUGCUGCAGAAGCUUUGGUAAUAAUGUUAAUACACUUAUUAUAAACCGGUCUUCAAUUUGAUGCGCUCGUAUAGAAUAUCGUAAGGAACGUGCCGAAAAAAUACGUCGAGACUAUAACUUGGCAAAAUAAGAGGCAGUUAUUAUACACUGGGAUGGAAAACUUCUUCCAACAUUAACGUGAAAAGGAUUAGUUGAUAGGCUUCCUAUAAUAGCUUCCGUUAAUGGUCAGGAACAACUGCUAGGUGUUCCGACGCUAAAUACUGGAACUGGACUUAAACAAGCUAACGCAGUAUACCAAACGCUUGUAGAUUGGUGUCUAGAUGAAAAUGUACAAGCAUUUUGUUCUGAUACUACUGCAUCAAAUACAGGUCGCUUAAACGGAGGUUGUGUUUUGCUAGAGCAACUAUUAGAACGCGAAAUCGUAUAUUUACCAUGUCGCCAUCAUAUGUAUGAAAUUAUACUAAAAAGUGUGUUUUAUUUAAAAUUUGGGGCGACAUCGGGCCCAGACGUGGUCAUUUUUAAAAGUUUCCAACAUGCCUGGGGAACAAUAAAUACUANGAUGAAAAUGUACAAGCAUUUUGUUCUGAUACUACAGCAUCAAAUACAGGUCGCUUAAACGGAGCUUGUGUUUUGCUAGAGUAACUAUUAGAACACAAUUGGUAUAUUUACCAUGUCGCCAUCAUAUGUAUGAAAUUAUACUAAAAAGUGUGUUCGAUUUAAAAUUUGGGGAGACAUCGGGCCCAGACAUGGCCAUUUUUAAAAGGUUCCAACAUGCCUGGGGAAUAAUAAAUACUAAAAAUUAUAAUCCUGGCAUACAAAAUAGUAUUAUAAUGGAUUCUGUAAAUAACGUAUGUGAUGAUAUUAUCAAAUUUUCUAGAGAUCAACUUUUAGAAAAUCANUUAUCUGCAGAAUUAUGUGCUUUUGCUUUUUUCGAUGAAGCUGUGCCACUGGAGAUAAAAAGAAAAAUGGCCAUGCUCUAAACAACGACAAAAGUUCAUCAGAAUUAAUUUCAAAUGCACAACGUUUAACUAUAUCGCCAAAAACUUCAAAUAAGUUAUUAGAAAAGGAAACCGAUGAUUUUAUAUGUGUUAAUACUAAUACACUAUUUAAAAGAUUUUCCAUCAACACCAUUUUUUUGAAUGAAGAUCUAAUUAAUUGGGAAAAUAAUGAAAACUCACAUUAUAAACAUUCUAAAGAUUUGUUAGUUAUAAAAAAUAUUCCAGUAAUAAACGAUAUAGCAGAAAGAGGAGUAAAACUUAUGAAGGACUAUAAUGACAAAAUUACCAAAAACGAAUCUCAAAACCAAUACCUUCUACAAGUUGUUAGUGAUUACCGCAAAAAUAUCCUGACCACAAAAAAGAAACACUUACUGCACUAUCACAAUAAUUUGGUUUUAUCAUUUAGAAUUAAAAUAUAUUACAGAUAAAAUAAUUAGAUAAAAAUGUUAUUAUAAUUGUAAAUUGUUGUUAUAAAUAAUUAUUAGUUGUAUUUUAAGUUGCCUUAAAUAUUAAAAUGUUUAAGAUUAUUCUUGUUUUUAUCUUGUAAUUAAAAUAUUUGAAAAAAUAAUAUAUUUGCAAAAUAUUAUAUCUAAAACAAAUUGUAGAAAAUGUAGUGUUCUAUCAUUUAUAUUUUAACAAAUUUUUUGUAAGUAUUUUUUUCCUGGAGUUAUAUUAAAAAAUAAUUUAAAAAAUUGAUAAUAUUAAAAAUUUUCUAUUUUUGUAAAUUUAGAGCUGUUGUGGCACGGGUUAAUAUUAAUGAAUUUGCCUGAAAUUUUUUUUGUAGCGUUUUUAUUAGUAAUCGAACCUUUUUAGGGGGGGUAACCUGAAAAAAAUCACAAGCGAAAAAUAAGNAAAAUUUUAAAAAUUGAUAAUAUUGAAAAUUUUCUAUUUUUGUAAAUUUAGAGCUGUUGUGGCACGGGUUAAUAUUAAUGAAUUUGCCUGAAACUUUUUUUGUAGCGUUUUUUUUAAGUAAUCAAACCUUUUUAGGGGAAGUAUCCUGAAAAAAAUCACAAGCGAAAAAUAAGGACCACCCUACUGAACAUACAUUAUUAUACUACUUACAAUGUUGUCACAUCCUGUGUUCAUUAGAAUGACAUUUUUAUAAAUUCUUUUCUUUUAACAUCUUUCCUAAACCUUCGAUGCUCUGAUAUCUUGACGUAAUCGAACUUUGUUCAUUGCUUAUCUCGAUUUUUAGAUCGCGCAAAAUUUCGGCAUUCUGUAACUUUCUUUGUUGUGUGUUUUCAAUUAUCCCAUGCAAUUUUCUGUUUGCUUCAUGAAUGUCGUUUUGCAAGUUUUCUGUUUUCCUAUUCAUCAUUUCCAACUUUUUCUUAGUAUUUUUUAUCUCUUUGCGGAUAGUAUCCUGCAAAUGGUAACCCUUGUCGUUCAAACUAUUUCCGUCUUUUUCAGUCAACACUUCUUUAAGUUUAUUGUAGUGCAACACGACACGCAUGACAUCUGCCCAUUCUGUCCGGGCGACCUGUUAAAAAAGAAUCGUAUGAAUAACAAUACAAUAACAAUUCACUAACUUACUUAUUCAUUCAAACGAUAAUCACCUUAUAAUUUAAUAUUCCCUGUUUAAUUUCAUUUUGCAAAUCUCGCUUCAUAUCUAGUAUGAGAUUCUCCUGUUUUUCCUGCAGCCGACUUAUAAUACUUCGUCGCUCUCGCACCAUCAGUGCCAAUAGCCUGAAAAUGGUACAAGAAUCCAUUAAAAUUAUCAUAUUUGAUAUAAACAUAAAACAAGUUCUUACAUUUUAACUAAACACGCAGGAUAGGUCUUAGCCAAAGCGUCAGCCAUCUUGCUAGUGGGUUUUUCCAUUGAAGCCCCUUGCCACAUCAUUUUGGUCAUAGAGUUUGAGCAAGUCGAUGCCGGAUUAGUCAGGGUUAACAUCGGAGAAGUAGAAGCGACUUUUAUAUUAGCGAGGUUUUUGUUACGAAUUUCGAUCUAAAUAUUUGCAAACGAAUUUUGAAUAAAUAAAUAAAUAAAUAAUAUUUCGAUGACAAAAAUUAUAUAUGAAAUUCAAAUUUUGUUUAUAAUAAACUUGUACAAUUUGAUUACAAAUCAUUCCUUCGUUAUUUUUCAAUUUACUUUACAUUAUACGAUUUUAAAUAAUAUUUAUCUACAGUUGUGAUUACAAUAGGUAUUAAUUUUUCAUAGUAAUUAUUAAGUAUUGAUAUCACUGUCGUAUGUAUAUAUUUCCUAAGCAAAUUAAUUAUUGAUAUUUUAAAUUAAUAACGUGAAAAAGACGAAUAUACUUCACACGUGAGUACAAUCACUGUUUUAAGCAGGAAAUUGGGAAGGUAGAAUACAAGCGAGGAUUUAAUAUAUAUCUGUAAGCAAGGAUAAACCAUUGCUAAUGAAAAAACGAUUUUGAGCGGAGUUUAAUUGAUAGUGUUGUUUUGUCAUAUUAUGGUAAAAUGAUUACAAUAAUAUGCCUUGACAACAAUAAUUAUUUAAAAAGAUUAAAAUAAUAAAAAUUCAAUAAUAACAAAAAAUAAACAAAAACGGUUGCCAAUGUGUUGCCCAAACUUUGUUUAUAAUCUUCAGAAUCUAAAACUAGAUUUGAUUUUGAAUUAAGUAAUAAAAAAAAAUAAAAAAGUAAUUAUUAGAAGAACGAGUUUCUUUUUUGCUAUAGAAUGAAAAACGGGAACGAAUUCCUUUUAAAAAGGAACUUUCCCAACGUUGAUUAAUGAUUAUAUACAUGUAUAUAAGACGACGUGACUAUUUUCUUACGUCAAUCAAAGUAUUCUUGACUCUUUUCUUCAACAGCGAAAGCAUUUUUAUCUUUUUGAAUGAAAAUGGAUCAAAUUUGCCGCAUGCCCUGCUUUCGUUCUGAAAAAAACGUAACAAAAUUUGUUAUUAUAACAGACACUAGAAGAAAUUCAUCGUUAUCCAACGGUUUUCUGCUCACAAUUAACAUUUCAAGAAGUUUUUCAACAUAUGGGUCGUGACAAGCUGUACUGUUAGGAUCCUCUUCUCUCAACAUCUCUUGUUCGAUAUUGUUGUAUAUUCUUUGGAAAAAUUGUUGAGUCAACACCCGAGCUUCCACAGAUUUUCGCUUAGACAAAAUCGCUUUGACUUCAACCGUAAUUUGAUUCAAUUUAUCGUCGUGUUCGUUCUUAUUAUUUCGUGAAUUGGGUGUUUCCACUUGUAAGUCUAAUGGCUGAACAACUGGCACCGGUCUAGAAAUACAUUGUGUGUAUUAAACUAUAGAUUUUAAACUUCAAUUUCUAUAUAGAGGAAUCACAUUUUAAGUUAGUUUAAAUUCAAAAAGACGUCCUUGGAUAAUGAGGAUGGAUGCAGCUACUGUUAUAAGUAAUUUAAUGUUUACCUGUAAGCAAUGAUAAACCAUUGCUUACGAAAAAACUGAUUUUGAGCGGAGUUUACUUGAUAGUAAUGCUUUGUCAACAAUAUAUAUGCCAAAUUAUAGUAAAAUAAUUAAAUAAGCUCUAUAUUUUCUUUAAUAUACCGAUUUUCAAAUGUUUUUUCACAUUUUCUGAGAAAACCCCAGAGAAAAUCGAAAAAUGACCACUCUAAAGUUCCUCCCCGGUGAAAUUUCCUUUUAGACAAAUUUGCUUUCAUUAUAAUUUGGAACGAAAUUACUUUAGAAAAAUUGUCCAAAGAAGAAAAAAUGUCGUAAUGUUAAACAAAUAUAUUUCGUACAUUUUUCCGUUUUUUCCUCUGGGUUUUUCGCAUUUAAUAAGAAAACUCUUCAAAAAUCGAAAAAUAACCUCUUUAAGGUAUCCACCUACACCAGUUUUCUUUCAGAAAAAGUGCUACACGUAAAAAUCGGAGCAAGUCCUCUGUUAGAAAAGUUGUCCACAGAAAAAAAAAAUAAUAAACAUCUUUGUAAAACCAUUCGCUCCACUCAAAAUCUACAAUUGCAUUUUUUUAUGAUACUAUGUAAAGAUUGUAAAACACUGAAAAAAAAUACUUAAGACGUAAAAUAAAUUAUCUUACAUCGGCUGCCCACAUGUGUUUACCCAUCCUUGAUCGGUAUUUCCUCCCAACGUCACGGCUACGUACGCAAAUAUACCCGAAUUUUCCGCCAAUGUCUUGCAGGCUAUAUACGUACUACCGUCGAUAGACAUAUGAUUCAUAUCGAUGACUUCUAAUUCUCUGUUACGAAUAAAACUUUGCCAAUUUUUUUGGUUCUCGCUUAUCUAGACACAAAUUUUUUUUAUCAUUGUUAUUUAACCAUAAAUAUUUUAGUAUUUUUAAAAUACUAAAUACUCACUGCUUUUUCGUGUUCCACUUCUGAGGUCGGUUUAGUUGUGAUGUGUUUAAAUACACCGUCCAAUGAUAAUUGGGCUAAUUUAGGAGACUCAUUGAAUGGGGCGCUGAGCUUUCUUUCAUUCAUAUUAAUAAUCAGUUGUGACAAAUAGAUAUUCCGUAUUUGUUUUUCGUUUGUAUCUUUAUAUUUUUCAAUGGCGAGUUUUUCUAACCAUUUCUAAAAAUGAACACGUUUACGUUUAAUAAAUAAAAUUAACUAAUUAAUUUACGUAGGCAUUACUUGGCACAUUUCUUUGUCGCUUUCGGAUUUUAACGAAUCAAAAGAUUCUUGAAAAUGUUCUAAAAAGAAUACAAAAUCUACUUCAACUUUUUCAUCCAAACUGGUAUUCAUCAUUAAUUUUGAUAGUAGUUCUAAAUUAUUCGAGUUAAAAUUUUUAAUGUUAAUUUUUAUUUUUACUACUAGAAAUAACAUGUAAUGAUUUUCUCCCAAUUAGUAUAGUAACGAAAUACGUAUUAUUUUGGCCAAUUUAGUAGUUUCAAUUUUAGUAUUCAAUAUAAUAUUAUAACUAACUUCUACCCAAUUUAAAUCUUAUGCAAAAAUUAUUUUAAUACAUAAUAUAUGUACUUUACUUAGGUUUUUGUACAAAAUAAAAUUGUUCUACGGUCAAAUUUUUUAAUGAUAAAUUUCCUAGCACAUAUUGACUAGGUAUAAUAAUUGUCUAACUAACAAAAUACCGAAUAUGGGAACAUACGUACAUAUUUUUCUAUUUUUACAAAAUUUAGAUUUGUCUAGAAUUGGUUUUCCUUUACUUUCAAAGAUAACGUAUUGAAUUUCUUUUGUUAUAGACUAUAGUAAAAAAUAUCAAAUAUUUCCAUACGACAAAAACUAAUAAAAACCCAAUCAAAUCUGUUACCGAAAUCCUAAUCCUAAAACAAACAAUAACUUUAUUUUCAUUUCAUAUUACAGCAAACAAUUUCGUAACCGUUUUAAAACUGAUACCGAAAUAAGUAAAAGUAAAAAAAAUAAGUACGACUGCAACAUAUUAUGUUAUAUAUGUUGAAUAUCCUGCCACCACAUUUUUCAAUUGAAUAUGGUUUUUGUGUUGCUAAAAUAAUUUUUUUAAAUGUAUUGGCUUUAUUUUAUUUUUAUUUUUCUAUCUGUAAUCUAUCAACAACCUUUUUAUUUGAAAUCUCCGAUCAUUAAAUUCAGGGAUGAACAUUUUUAAUUACAAAUUUUAUAUAGUUGGUGCAUUGGAUGAAAAUUUUUGAUAUUUCUUGUACCUUAAUAACAGAGAAAAUCUGGAGAGAAACUCCAGAAAACGGAAAUAUUACUCAAUAACAGUUUCUAAUAUUUUCUAUUUUGUUUUAUUGUUAAAAAUUAAUGGAAAAUAUUCGUAUGAACCUGAAAUAUUAACCGCGUACUUAUAUUAUCAUUUUUUAGAUGUGGAGCGAUUUUCAGAACAUUCUAGUGUUCCUUCUUAGUUGUAUGUGGACACAAAUAAUUUUGAUUAGUGUUUAACGUUCAAAUAUCUUUUAAAAUGUAUCAAAAACGUGGACAAAAUAUUAUUUUUUUUUAUAGUACCUACUAAAUUAACUAAAUGAAUAUAAUUUCCAAUUCAAAUAUAUAAAAACUUUGUACAACAUCAUUUUUCGUUUACAAUUUUUUAUCUUUGCGUACAAAUAUAAAUUAUAUUAUUUUAUAUACCCCACUUUUGCAAUCUCUUAUCCAUACAACAAUAGCCCACCUAUAGUGCAAUAUGUAUCCGGCUGUUUUUGAUUGAAUGUUUUGUAUUUUUACUAGUUAUACUAAUAUUAAUAAUAUUAUAAUCAACAAAAUACUUCUAAUACUAUACAAACAUUUUUAUGGUAAAAAUGAUAAAAUAAUUAUAAGUUAAUAUAACUAUUCGUUAGUUAUUCAAAUGAAUUUAGUUAAAAUUAAAAUAGUAAAAAAACUAAAAAUAAAAAAAUAAUUCAUUGUUUUGUUCGUUUACUUUAAAAUUAAGUCUUUUAGAUAAGUAUAUUAUUAAAAAAAAAAACCUUUAUCUACUGACUACAUUAUGCAUUUUGAAAUAGAAAAAUCAAUACUGCAGUAUUUUUACAAUUCAAUAUGAUUUUUACAUUUAAAUAAACUAUACAGUUACAUUAUUGUAUAAAUAGAACGUAGUGAUAUUACACUAGCAAAAUACUAAUUUUAUUACUGUAAUAAAACUAAAAACCUUAUACGACUCGUAUAUGUAUAAAAAGAUGAUUUUUCGAUAUUGGAACCGUUAUUGUAUUUGAAUAUUGUACAUUGUAUAAUGAUUAUAAGCAAUUAAAAAAAACCCUCGUUUUUAUAUUAUAUAAUAGUCAUAUUAUAUUUUGUAGUACUUGAUCUAAAACUAAACAAACUAAAUUAAAUUAUAAUUCAAUAAUAAUGUAGUGCGACAUUAUUAUACCAAUCUCAAUACAGUGCAAUAGUUUUUAUUUUAGGAGAAAAAUCGUCAAUAUUAUUGUUUUUAUUAUUCGAAAUUAAAUCUAACAGAUAUAUAAUAUAAUAUAUAUAAUAUGUAUAUAGGUAAACGUAGCGACGACAAUGCUUUAUUAUAUAUUAUAAUAUACAAACGAAUAUAGGUAUCAUAUAAACUUAAAUCAAAAUGUAUACGUGUAUUAUACAAUGCAUUAAGGGUCACCCAUUUUUCAUAUUAAUCGUCUGGGGCAUUCUCCUACGCAUGCAGUUCAUUAAUAUUGCGGACGUUCGGAUUUAAAUAUACACUUCACUACUAACUGUACAUAUAAACGCCCGCGUGAAUAAUAAACAGUAGGACAACCGAUAUAGACUCAGGGCCAGCGCCAAGUAUUUUGCCGCCCUGUGAAAUUUAAAAAAAAUGGCACCCCUUACAAUAAAUUUUUAUAAAUAUAAUUAGUAUACAAAAUAACAAAAUUGAUUAAAAACUAGGUUGUAUUGUAUGGAGAUAAAACGGUAAAAUUUUGUUUUCCGAAAAUUUAAUUAAUUAUAAGUAGAUUGAAUUAAAGCACAAUACCUUUAUUUAAUAAGAAUAAAAAAAAAAAGAGACGUCCUGGAAUAAUGGAGUCGGGUGCGGAGUGCGGCUACUGUUAUAAAUAAUUUGAUAUAGACCUGUAAGUAACGAUAAACCAUUGCUAACGAAAAAACGAUUUUAACGGAACUCAGUUUAUAUUGCUGCUUUGUCAUCAAUAAAUAUGUCAUAUUAUGGUAAAAUGUCAACUAUUUCAAUUCCAAAAUUAAAAUGAAUCUCGAUUUUCUCGGAUUUCUCGUGUUUUUACCUGGUUUUUCACAUUUGCUGGAAAAAUUCUUGAGAAAAUCUGAAAAUGGCAUCCCUGUAGUAACUUCCCAGUCAGAUUUCCUUUCAGAAAAAAUGCUAUAUUGCAAAUCAAAGCAAAAUUGCUGGUAGAAUAGUUAUCCGCAGAAAAAAAAUAAUAUCUAAAAUAUGUAAAAUAAAACAUGUAAAACCAUAAGCUUCUUCGCUUCACUCAGAAUCUAAAAUACAAAUAAUCAAUUUAUUUAUUUACAUUAUUCCAAUUUCUUAUUAUACUUAAACUUCAAAUUAAUAACUUUUUAAAUUUAAGUUAUCUAAUCAAAUAAAAAUAACAGUACCGAAAUAAUUGUUUUUUUCUCAGAAGUUUGUUAAGUUUAUUAAGACUUGUAAGACUCUACUCUCAUUUCCGUUGCAAGUACUGUUGAAUCUAUAACAAUUUUCUCAAAGGAUUCUUCUGAUCUUAGUUCCUUUAAAUGUUUUAAUAAAGUUUCUAAAAUGCCCAAAGCUAAAGAUAUAUGUCAACAUUUAGUUUUUGCAUUAAUUUACUGAUUGGAUUUAUAUGAUUAAGUAUGUCGUACCAAAUAACUAUAGAACAAAUAAAUUUAAACGUUUUUAUUAAAUUGCAUAAACAUUUAGUUUCAUGUUUAACUACUAGAUCUAAAUUUUUGUUUUCUGAUAUUUCAAAUAAAGCAUCAUAAAUUUCUUCUAUGUAAUACCGAAACGGUUUAAGUGCGUCUAUUCGACUUUAUCGUGAUUGCCGUGAUUUGAUAUAGCUGAUGUUUGCUAAUUGGAAACAGUUAAGACAAUCGUGCGGAGCUACUAUACUAACGGCUAGUCCAUAUUAUAUUGUUUAUUAAUAGGUACUUAUUUAUUACUACAUAAUCAAAAGAGCCAAUCAAAAGAAUAUAAUAUGCAUUAUUUUUAUUUUAGAUUCACAUUGAAUUUCACAUUAUUUAUGAAAGAUGCCUUCCCUAAAAUUCCAAAAAAUUGUUCGCCCCGUGUGAUCGCACGGGUCACACAUACCUUCCACAGGCGCUGGCAUAUAGUGUUUACAUGUCGUGAAUAAGCGAGCUCAAAAAAAGAGGAAAGAAAAGAGAAGGGCUUAUGGGUACCUCGUACCGUAUGUGCCGAUUGGUCACUACUGAACGCUGUUGUAAUACGUUGGAAGGUAGGAUAUAUUAUAGGGUAAUUUAGUUUAUGAGUUUUUAGUCUGCAGACAAACAGAAAAUGACUUUGAGCGAAGUUUUGUUAAACAUAUCGUUUUUAAAAGUUCAAUAAUUUUCAAUAAUUUGUAACUACAAAUUAAAUUACAAUAACUCACCUUGUUUCUUGGUCUCAAAUUUUUGAUCAUUUUUCAUGAAUCAAAAUAAUUGUAUAAUAUCCACAUAAGUCGGAAAUAGUAAAAAUUGAUGACCGGAACAAGAUUUCUGGUAGACAAAUUGUGGUUGUACGUGUAUGAGAAAAAAUAAUGAUUACUAUCCAUGUGCCUGAAUAGGUAAUCAUUUACGAGGAAUUAGAUUUUCUGCAUUAGGUAAAUACCUACAUAAAUAUUCCUAUAUAGAUAUAAAACAAAUUUUGCAACUAUAAUUGUAUUAUGUCAUAAAAAACGAGUGGUAUGUAUAUAAUAUAUACUCAAUAGCAGUUCUAGCGUACGGGAAUGGUAGACAGCUAUCCGUAGCAAAAUAAUUUAUCACCUUUUAAAAUAGUUCAAUUUUGUGUAUAAGUAAAAUACUAGGGAUUAUUAAUUGAAAAAAUUAUAGUAUUUCCCAAUUUUUGUGUUUAGUAUUUAAUCAUCUCGAUAAUAAAUUCCAUUUGUUUACAGUACACCAUAUAUUUUCAAAAAAAAAGGAAAUUAGGUAUAAUUUAUAAUUUAGAUUUCCUCGGUCCUUAUUAUUUUCAUAAAACUUUGUGUUUUGAGAUGAAUAAUUUGAAAGUUAUUAAUCAAAAACUCUUUACUUUUUUAUUAUAUAAAUUAACUAUUUUAUAAUGGUCCAUUCGACUAUGUUAUCGCACAUCAGUGUAUAUGGAUUUGAACUAUGUAAAUCGUAAAACGCGUAUAUAAUAGUAUAAUACGUGGCAUACAAUAAAAUAAGAUAUGAAUAGUAAUAAAUGGUACUAAGUACCUAUAUCAUGUCCUUUUAUAGUACUUUAAAGCUACAUGUACUGCUAAAAUAUGUUCUAAAAAGCAAAAAUCGUAAAAUAUGCAAAUAUAUGCAAAAUAAAAUUUAGAAUUUAGAUUCCUUACAUGAUGAGCAUUACUUAUGUUCUAUUCUAUUUGUUUAAUCUUUCAAAAAUAAUAUACAAAUCCUAAAAUUCCCGAACCUUAUUUAUAAGCCUAUCAUAUAUUAUAAGUGCCCGUACAAAAUAUGAUUCCUAAAAUCGUCCCUGUAUAUACUCAUAUUUUUUCGGCAACUUUUGGCUUCUUCUAGACCAAAUGAACUCAAAUUGAAAAAUUAGAGUUAUUUUAUACUCGAAUUGUAAAUAUACAAUUUUAGUUUAUAAUUUCAUUAUGAAUUACGAAAGGAGAAUGGUUUUCAGUGUUUCUUACACUCCUAAAGAUCCCCCAAAUAAAGACAGAGGAAUAAAAGUUUGAAUAUUCAUUAUUUAAGACUCAAGGAUGUGCCUUUUGGGGUAUUAACUGUCAAUUCCAUGCCCGAUCAAUUUUAUGUUUAAAUAUUAUGUUUUCACAGGAAACACCAGGUUUUAUAUCUCCUACAGACUAAAAUAUAAUACAAGUCUGGAAACUUCAAUUUUUUUAUUUUUUUGUUCUUAAUUGAAUAAGUAGGUAACCGAAUAUUCUAAACAUUAAAACUUAUUAUACCGUUUAUUGAUGAUGAUUGGUACCGCAACACUUAGCUAUAAUAUUCUACGAGCCGCAUAUUAUAAGAAAAUAAUUGUUAUCAUCACGCACAUAUCUAAAAAGAAAAUACAAUGUAAUGCUGAACAAUUUAUAGUUAAAAAACAAAUGCGAAAUAAAUGUACGUGUGUGUUUAUUCGCGUUGUACACGACUACACAGUCAUAAUACUAACCCGAGGACACACAUUUAUAAAAAAAAAAUUAUUAUUUUAAUUUUAUAACACGAGAAUUCCAUUAACUAAAAAUAAUAUUUCCAAGUUGGUUUGUGAUUUUUUUUUUCACACUUAUGACACGCUUUUAGCAUAAAAAUAUCUACUCAAUAUUUUUAUGUACGUAAGAUAAAGGUAAAAAUCAAAAUAUAAUUAAAACCUAUUUACAGUAAGUUUCAAACUAUGGAGUAUUACCUAGGAGUAUUACUAGGAGUAUUACCAUUUUUUAAAAUAACAAAACUAUUAAUUUAUUGUUUAAAUAAUUAAAUUUCAACAUGAUAAUCUAAUUUUUUUUUUUUCAAAUAUGCUUACCUAUUAGUAUUUUAUAGGAGGUACUUAUGCAUUAUUAUUCUGCGCAUAACAUCAUGUUUCUGUGUAAACCGUAAACCUACCUAUUUGAAUAGUUUAGUGGUAUUCGAGUAGUUGUAUUUGUCUAAAGAUAGUUUAUUUAAAACCAAAAUUUUUUUUAUUUUUUUAGAAAUAGGUAUUAUUUAUUAAACUUUCAAUACUGUUGCUACACACCAUGUAGAACUUUAACAAAAUAAUUUUCAGCGUUUUAAUUACUCGUAAAAGCAUAAAUUAAAAUAAUACAUUCGUUCGGGAAUAAUCGAUGUGUAGUAGAUCAAUUUAUACAUCAUAUAUCAACUGCAGACCGCUACACAUUUAAAUGUAUAUAGGUAUUAAAAAAUACAAUGUACCGUAAAUAAUAUUUUAUGUUUUAAAUUAAAUGUUACCCUCAGAUUCGUAUAAACUUGCAAAGUCUGCGAGUUAUCGUUUUCAUUGUAAUUCGAUUACUUUUAGUAUAAUAAUAAUAUUUUUUCCAUACAUUGUUAAAUAUAUACAUAUUCUAAAAAAAAAAUGAUUAAAUUGAACAGUCUACAGUUGUACGGGAUAAUUUAAAAGAAAAAAAUUACAAAUGUUCGUGAUUUUUUCGGUUGUAGGCAGAUAUACCGACAAUUGCUAAGGUACUUAUUUCAAUUUAUUUUCAAAAAAAAGAAAUAAUAUAGUCCAUUGUGUGUUAAUACAUCUAAAAAUGUCUAAACUAAAAACAGACUUAAAAAUAAUAUUCUGAGAUCGAAUUCAAUUGAAAUCACAGUAUAAAAAAAAAUAUAUUGCAUGCACCAGAAAAUAAUUAUUUAUCCGUACGUAUAUUAGAUACUUGCGGCUGUUAUAUCGCGAUUUAUAUAAUAUAACAACAAUAAUAUUUUAAAAUAUUAAACCAUCAUAAUAUUAAAAGUACAUGAAGAAACGUACAGAAAAUCCGUGGAAAAAAAUUUGCCGAUUAUAAUAUUAUUACAACACGGUUUUUUUAUUUUACUUCUUAAUUUUUCUUCAUUUUCAUAUUUUUCGAUUUUUGUUAAUAAUGUUUACGAAUCCUUAUUAUUUACACAGUUUUCUUUUGCCUAUUUGACCGUAAUUACAUAGUUUUGUACUACCUACAGAGGCGUUCUCAGGAUUUUUAAUUGAGGGAAAUUGAGGAAAUAUUUUAAAAAGUGAAAAAAGUGAAUGUCUGUGUUUGUACGUUUUAUAUCGUUUUUUUUUUCGAUAUUCUAAUUUUUAAGCCAGUUUCGAUGAUUUUUAAAUUAUAAUAUUACAUAUAUUCGUAACUCGCUUGAAAAUUAAAACAUCGAAAAAAAAACCAACGUACAAAAACAGACAAUGUUAUCCUUUAAAUUUGAUAAUACACAGUAAUAUUAAAACUAACAGCACAAAAUCGACUUCAUAAUAUACAAAAAGUAUAAAUAUACAGACAUUAACCGAUUUUACAACAUCAACUACGGCAUAUGUUUACAAGGUGAUCCAAUUUAAGUGAGUACACUCAUUAUCUCGGAAAGUAUAAAAUUUAUUCGGAAUUUGUUUUAUAGAAUUUAUUUUAAAAAAACAAGCAGCUCUAAAAUGUUGUAUUCAUGUUAUUUUGCGUCACCCUUAUUUUUUUGGAUAAAACCACUACCUAAUACUCUUAUUGUCAAAUGACAACCUAUAUUAAACAUUUCAUAAAUAAUUUUUGAUUUCCGUCAUCUCAUUGGCGAAAAUGUCCGCUUUUAAGUUUGAAUCGGCAAAGUGUUGUGGACAAUCAUAUUUUGUGCAGCGGCACAGCGCGUGACGUGUUAAUAAUGCACCACUACUUUUCCCUGACCGAAACUUAAAAGUAGAAUAUCUCGUCAACGGGUUGACGGAAAUCAAAAAUGUCAACACCAAAAUGUAUAUUAACUAAUACUCCAUCCAUUUGUGAAACUGUCGAUAUAGGUUGCCGUUUGAAAAUCAAAAUUAGGUAGUCGUUUUACCCCGAAAAAUAAUCAUGGAAAAAAAUAACGUAAAUAUAAAAAUUAUAAAGCUGCUUGUUUCUUAAAUGUUCUAUAAAACAAAUUCCCAAAAAAAAAAAAUUAGCAUUUUCCCAGAUAACGAGUGUACCCACUAGAUCACCUUGUAUACAGAGAGACAUUUUCGGCCAAACCGAAAGUACCGUAUCUACCUACUUAGGUGGGUGUAUGCAUAUAUAGUUACAAAUAAUAAUAAUAUUCAAACGCAGGCGAAAUGAUAAUCAAUCUCGAGUGGAUUCCUCCCGACGGCCGUCCCCGCUCGUUCGCCGGGGCGGCCGGUCGAAGGAAACGAACUCGCUCGCAGACGAAAUAACAAAUGAAGUCACUAGAAUAUAUAUAUAUAUAUAUAUAUUAUACACCUAUACAACGAAGAGUGUUCCUAACCUAUAUAAUAACAUUAUAAUAUACAUAAACAUCGCGGGCAUCUACGUCGUCGUCUCCGUAAUAAUAAUAAUAAUAAUAAUAAUAAUAAUGUGGAUGUACACCCUGCAGAAACUGCGUAUAAAAGCCAUCGGCGCGGAAUAAGCCGGAGGACCCGAAACUACCCGGUUAUUAGUACCACCAACCUACUUCUAACUUGCGUGCGGGCAAUAUACACCUACAUGUACGAGUAUUUAGGUGUAGGUGCACGGGUCAACGCGUGUUUCGCAAACGGAUAAAUCCGAGAGGAAAUAAUAAAAAAUACAAAAAAAAAUAUAUAUAAUAUAGGUAUAGAUAAUAACAAUAUACAAGUUCCUGUACUCAUUAGUUAUUAUUACUCGAACGGAAAUCCCUUUAAAAAAACCCCGUGUAGAAUCCGAUCGCGCUUGUUUCUACUCGUAUAUAAAUAGGUAGACGGUAUAGAGGUAAAUGUACACAAUACAGGUGCCUUGUACCUAUUACCACCUUCUACCGAAUUUUUGUCUUAAUGUCAUAUUAUUAUAACUGUUUUACAAUAUACCGCGUGUACGAGUCAUUCCCGGUUUUCAAAAUAGGAUCAUUAGUCUCGCUCCGGGUCCACCCGUCGUCGUCACGCACGAACCCAGGUCUCACAAUACAAUAAUAAUAUAAUAUUACAGUGGCUUAUGACUUCCGCAACUGCAGCGUUCCCUUUUCGGCCGAUAACAUUUCUUCUCGCCGUUCAACGAUUUUUAGAAACAUCUGUGCAAUGGUUAUGUAAUCGAACAAAAAUAAGAUCCAAUAAACUUUCUUUGUACCCCGAGAAACUUAGUUAUUAAUUAUCCAUGCGUGGAUGUGGUAGAUAAAAUACUUAUCAGUGUUGAAAUAUUCAGUUAGCGAAACAUUCUAGACUUUUAAUACUCAAACAAAUGUUUAUUAGCCACGCAUUUUUUUGUUUUUAUAGUCACAAUAGUUUUAAAGUUUUUUCAAAUAAGUCUGAACACCUCCGAGUCCCACGCCACGUCACACCAAUAAAUAUGAACCGGCACAGUUUGUUCAAUAAUUGUCAUGCAUAAUAUGGAUAUAGCUAAAAAAAAAAACCACGUAACCAUAUCAUUAUAUACUAUUUACGCGUGUAGAUCCAAACCAAUAUUUUUAUUGAAAACGAUAUCCAAUAACAGAACGGUUAUUGGAAAAUUAAUAAUUUCUGGCAUUCUCUCAUAGUAUAAUAUGCAAACGGUACAACUACCCUUUUCAAAACAAAUGUAUUCCCAAUUCAUCAAAAUUAUUUUAACUUAUAGGUACUGAAUUUCAAAAAAAUAUACAAAUUGGUAUUUUUUAAGAAAUUGGUUGAUUAUUAUUAUUGUCAUAUGUAUUCGAAUAAUAUACUAAGUACUUACCCACUUUUUUAAAUUCAUUAUAUAGGUAGUCACAAUUAUUUAUAUAUUUUAUUUUUUUGUCCCCAGGCAAUUACAGCUGUCUAGUGGCACAGUUUUACCUCAGCCGAAGCGUGGGUUUUCAUUUAGUCCAGAGCUAUUUGCCGACGAUGCUGAUCGUAGUGAUUUCCUGGGUGUCGUUUUGGAUGGACGUGGACUCAGUGCCAGGCCGGACCACGUUAGGCGUGACGACGCUGCUAGCUGUCGGUUCGCAAUCUUCGGGUACAAUAAUUAAUAUACGAUCUAUAUAUCGACUUCCAUUAUUGAUCAUCGUUGAAACUUAAAAAAAAAAAAUUAUUUCUCAGGCAUCCAAAGCGGUCUGCCCCAAGUGAGUUACGUCAAGGCUAUAGACGUAUGGAUGGGCACUUGCACUGGUAAGGACGUAUUUUUUUUUAUUUUUUUGCUUAUUAAGUAAAUAUUUAAAAAAUCUAAAUAAACGAUCAUUCAGUUUAGGUUAGGUUAGGUUUGGGUUAACCUUCCCCAAAGAAGAAGGACUCACAUAAGUCAAUAUUUAACUUUUUUUUUAUUUCUUAUUUUGCCUUACGCAAUUUGUUCCCAUCAUUUUUUGAUCUAAAUAGCAGAAGUGUAUGUAUACUCUAACGGAUUUUACACUCAAAAUUAAAAUAUUUUAAAUAGAUAUAUCUCUAGCUAUAUGACGUAACUUUUUGUUUGGAAAAAAAGACUUAAGUCUUAUUUAAAUAAUAUGACACUAGAUGAAAAUUACAAAUUUCAAUUAAGAGUAAUUAAACGUUUUUCUUUGGUUGUUAAUUCAAAAAUUGGUGAAUGAAGUGCAGUUUGUAAAUAUAGAAUAUUUGGUCACAAAUUUGAUGGAAAAGGUAGCAAUCUAAAUCUCACUACAUCAAUUAUAAAACCUUUCAAUAACUAUAAAAUGCAAUGAAAAAAAGAAAUGUAAAUACAAGAUACUUUAUUUUGUUUACUCCAGCAGUUAUCGGUUAGAAUUCUUGCAGUAUAGCUAUAAAUUAUUAUACAUUUAAAGGGACAGUAAAUAAUUAAGUUAUCACGACUAAUAUAUUUAUUUUCUAACAAGUUGUAUUUAUUUGAUUAUAAUUAAAUUUUCAAAAAAUUAACUUAGCUUUUAACGUUUUCACUGUAGUAGCUCGUCAGCUUAUAUAUUUUACACAUGUAUAAUAAAAUCUAUGAUCAGAUAAAAUAUAAUUUAUUUAUUGAGAUUGCGUUUGUCGUUAUAGCGUUUGUAUUCUGCGCAUUGCUCGAAUUCACUGUGGUCAACUACAUGUGGCGGAAACUCAGGCCGGAUAUAUUGAAAAACCUUUUAACUGAACCGGUCAACGGUGGCACGGCGAGUUCGAAAUCGUACGAAGAAAAUUUAACAGCGUCGCCGGUCAUACCAGUCAGCGUGGUAAUAACCAUAAUACCAUAUCAUAACCAUAAUAAUACCUAUUAUUAUAUACAUCGCCAUUGUAGAAAUAAUUAUAGCAAACUGCGGGCAACGUAUAAGCAAAGCCUCUAAAUGUAGUUAUAGUCCCAUCGCCGUGUUCAAACAGGUGAAGUGCACACUGUUUUCAUUUAGCUGGUUCGAGGACAUUCAGCGACCAAUCGGUGAUUAUAUCUAAGUAGGUUUGCUAUUACGAUAUCGUCACCACUCCACGUGGUCAGGUUCGAAUCAGACUAUAUUGUAAAACAAUUUUUAUUUUUACCUACUCCGGGCGGUUUCGUAUAACAAAUCGUAGUUUAUUUUCGACAAAAGUCCGACAUGUCGAAUGAUUGGAAAUUUCCGAACGUCUCAAGACGAAAUAAUUUUGCUACUAUCUACUAUGAUGAUAACACGAUAUUUUAACGUGCUAUUUUAAAUCGGCCAAUCAGAAAUCCUAUUUUAACCACCUACUUUCAAACCAGCCAAUGAUAGGAUCAGCGUAUUUGGUCACGACGCUGGGGCUAUAUAGAAGCUUUGGUAAUACACAUACGGGCCUGAUAUGAAUAAUAAUAUAUUUUGUUCGGAAAACAUUAGUGGAAUUUCAUUAUUUCCGUUUUAGACGACGAUAACCGUUAAAAUACCCAAUUUUGCAUAUUUUCUUAAAUUUUCGCCAAAAACAAUUUUUAUUGAUAUUUAAUUUUUUCUACUGAUACUUUUAUUGCCUUGAACAAAAAUCUCUGUAUUAUUAAUGAUUAAAUGUAGGUACUACUCCAAAAAAUAAAAAUUGAAUAUUUUAUUGUUUUUUCUCGAGGAGGAAAAAAAUAAUGUUUACAUUAUUAUUAUUUUGUGUAUGCAUAGGUAUAUAGGUUACAAUGCAUUUCGGAUUAUCAUACUAUAACGAAUAUGAAAAACUUUUAAAAUCCAUCCUCGUAUUUCAAUUUUAUUUUUUAUCUCCCUUCGCUUAAAAAUACACUUUUUUUACGGUUUUUAUUCCUUCGACACUUAAAUAUAUGUAUAUAUAUAGGUAUAAAUAUUAUUUUUUUACGUGUUUUUUUUCGGACUCAAAAGUACAUAUUUUACGUUUUUUUUUUUUUCCAAACACUUAAAAUGCAAAUUUAUUUUACAUAUAACACGUACAUAGGUUGGUAGGUAUACACAUUUCAUGAACAUUUUUCGGACAUCACAGAAUUCAGAUCAUACCGCAGUCACCGCGUAUAUUAUAAAAAAACGACAUGAUGGCAGUGACACGUGAACACGUCAUGUGCCAUAUCAAUUUCUUUUUUUUAAUACCUGUACCAAUAAUAUAUUUUCUGUUGAAUUAGGUGAAAAAAAUUUUGCAACAAGAAUGCGCCUACUCAUCGUCUGUGGAAACCAACACAGUGUUAGCAAGAAAAAUCGACGAAUACUCCAGGCUGCUAUUUCCAGUCGCUUUCAUGGCGUUCAAUGCGCUUUAUUGGCCUUAUUACUUGCAACACUAAAACACGUAUCCCAUUCAAAUCUCUUUUCCCCUUUCCCCUCUCUCCACUAAAAAAAAACACCAAGUUUGUCAUUUUCGGCACUGUCGUCAUCGCGGAAAAAUCAAACCAUUUACAUUAAAAUAUAAGUAUAUAGGUACAUAUAUAUAAAUAUAUACAUAAAUAUACCUGGGUAUAACGAAAAGUUCGCGAUAUGGGGUCUUUGACUUUUUCGGUGAAAACACCUAGGAUGCGGUAUUAUGUUUCAGGUGUAUCUGUCGGCCAUGCGAUCGUAAAUGUAACGCCCCGGUUGCAGGGGGCGGUAUGCCUAAUUCAUACUUCUGAUUUUGCAGAAAUUUCCGAACAAUAAUAAACAAUGCUGUUACUUUACGAGUCAUAUAUAAUAUAAAGGGUGUUGCGGAAAAAGGGUAAUAGUAACCCAUAUUUGAGAUAAUAAUGGUACC